CGUUACGUUGACGACACAUUCACCGCCGUACACAAAGACGGAAUCGACGACUUUCACGAACACCUUAACAGACAGAACGCGGACAUACAGUUCACCAAGGAGAUCGAAGAAAAUGGUAAGAUACCUUUUCUAGACUGCUUAGUCACUCGCGACAACAACAAACUGAAAACGACCUAUUUACAGAAAACCGACACAUACCGACCGAUUACUAGACCAGUCCUCAUACAACCCGACCUCUCACAAGGCUACUACUAUCCGGACUCUGACGAGACGAGCGCAACUAGUUUGCGACUCACCUGACAGCCUACAAGACGAGACUGAUUAUCUUAACAACGUUUUUAGUAAGAACAAUUACAACACGGAUUUUGUUAGACGGAACACUCACAGUAACACUGAUUCCAACUCUCAGACCAACUCUGGCCCUGUUACGACAGCGACUAUACCGUACAUCAGAGGCACCUCUGAAACUAUUGCACGUAUAUUACGACCUUACAAUAUACGUGUUGCACACAAACCUAUAACCACUUUACGGCGACUGCUUACUAAUGUCAAGGACAAAGACAAACCGGAGGACAGACAGGAAGCAGUAUUCAAAUGCUGCGACUGCCAGGCUUCUUACAUUGGUGAAACCGUCAGAAACCUAAGCACGCGACUGACCGAACACAAACGAGCGACGCGGAAUGGUGACGUCAACAAUCACAUUGCUGAGCACCAUUUAAAGACGAAACAUCAAAUUGACUGGGACUCUGCGACAUGUAUAACGUAUUCUACAGACUACUAUCAAAGACUUACUUUAGAAAGCUGGUUUACUAACUUAGAACAAACGCCACUAAAUCGUAGCCAGCAGUUACCAGCUUCGUACAAACGACUUAUUGACGAGAUCAAUCAAAACUAACUACGAGAGAACGACUGGAGAACUGACAAUUUGACUAACAAUAGGCGACUGUUCAACUGUGACAAUAGACGGAUCGAAACGCACUAAUUACUGAUUACGAGUCUUCAUAGCCAAUAACAUCACGGCUUAACUGACAGACGACCAAUAACAUCGCGACGUAAUUGACCAAUCAGAUCAAUAACCAGAGUAUAAUACCAUCAACUGACGUGAUACAACUCACUUUGACUCUGAAGAUGACUACCACACAGGGUGUCGAAAUGUCAGUCACUGUCAACAACAACAGUCCUAUUCAGGACUAGUUCACCCGGACGAUCAAACUCAACCUACUUUUGAAAUGACGCCUGGGUUCAAACCUUUCACACAUGUUCUGUUUCACUUGAUACCAUCUUACUGUAAUUUAUAGGUUCCUGUUAAUUUAUAUUUUAUGGUUUGUCUUCUGUAUUCAUAGCUGAAGACGGCUGGUGCGCCAAAGAUGUCAAAGAUGUCUUUUUGCAGAUAGAUUUCUUAUUAAAAACUCGCGUGACUCGCGUGGGAGUCCUCCGACGUAAGUCAAAGGACCAUUGGGUAGAAAAAUACAGCUUACAGUAUAGUGAUGAUGACAUCACUUGGACGGAUUACAUGGAGAACGGUCACACCAAGGUGGGUAACAUACAGUCAAGGGACAUAAGUAUUCGUCACUUUCAAAAAGGAUGCGCGAAAUUCUCACCCCCGUUCAGCACACUAUCAACAGGAGACUUGAUGGAGGGCGUGCGUUGGUCAAUAAAGGCGGGAAAAAUUCGUGAAAAUAGAAACAAACAAACAUCCGACCAUGAGCACGAAAAAAAUUGCAUAGUUCCCGAAAGAAAAGAAAUGAGAGCUGUUUGUGUUUUGACACCUCGUUUAUUCAGUCAUUCAACAUUAAGUUCAAGGUUGCCUCGCUAAAAAAUGGUCAUAUUUUUUUCUUCUUUUGCUUCUGAGAAUUUAUUUUCAGCUCUCAUGAGUCGAAAAGGAGCUUAACUGUCCACUGAAACGAAGGAAUUAAUUAUUACUUUGUCGGAAUCCGUGAAAAACAAUGCAGAACUGUCAAGAAUGUUGAACAUUCCAAGAACGACUAUCACGAGCGUUCUAAGCAAGUACUGUGACGAUACGUUUUGCCCUUCCAAGCACCAAAUCGGGGAAUUGAGCGUAAAGAGAACUUCAGAGACUUCGGCUUAAGAAAAAAAAGGGGGAAAACUAACUCGCAACUCGCUUGGUAAGCGGGAAAGGAACUCGUCACUAUUCCAAGGUACUAGGACCUGCUACAACUGGAAACAGGACAGGACUCAAAAUUGGACUUCAACAGUUUAAUCCUCAGUUCGUGAACGUAAAUCAUACAAUCAGAUGAAUCCGCAAUGUAAAAUCGUACAAGCCUGUAACUCCGGCCCGCAAUGUAAAUCGUACAAGCAUAUCACUUCGCAAUGUAAAUCGAAAAACAGGAAUAACAGUGCUCUAUUUAUACUAACCGAUCAAUUUAUUACAACAUCACAAAACAAAUGGAAAAAAGGCUGAAUAAAAUCAGCUGAACAGCGAAAACAAAUCUGGAUAAAUUCAGUUUAAAAGUUCACAUGUUAAACUAAAUAACUCAAAAUUAAAUGUCAGUCAAGCAAGUGAAUUUAGGAAAUUUACAAAGAAAGCUGUCUAAAAGAAUUCGAGUUUCCUUUGCUCAGGAUUCCCUGAAAUGUCAAAACUAAAAACUACGAACGGUUGGUAUUUAAACAGGCGAAAGGUCUAAUUAUUCAGUGACUAAGCUGUAUAUCUAUUCAGAAACAAAUUAUCCUUUUAAAAGUAAACAUUGAAGUAAAAUGUGUAUAAUUUAAGGGAACUGAAACAACUCAAUGCAAAUUCAAUGUAAAUUACGGCUAACACGAAGAGGUCGAACAGUAGACAACUACCAGGGGCACCCAACGAGAAUAUAGUUAAAAACCACUUAAACAUGGCAUUGUUAAACGUAUUUUAGUAUUUAAGCGGUAGAUAUAGGCAUAUUUCUAUCCCCUAAAAAUUUUUCAUCUGUUCGGAUUUCCUAGCUGAAAGUCUAGUGAUCCGAUAAUUAUAGGGAUCAAAACUUACCUUUUCGAAAAUUUUAGCCAGAAAAAAGGCUCCCGAAAAUUCUAGGUGAUCUUUUUAGCCUAAAAAUCCGUUAAAAAUAGGCAAUUAUACCAUUUUUUAGAUGUUCGAAAAUCCUAGGAGAGGCAGGCAAGCAAGAAAUUUUACAACAAAUGUUCCGAAAAUUCUAGAUCUUAAAUCGUCUUCCGAACAGAUAUUUUCCGAAAAUUGACUUUGGGUGCCCCUGAACUACUGGAAAAAAGUAAUAUUUUCAGAUUAAGGUCAGACUGUGUUCGAUACAAACAAACGUGUUCACAUUUAGUGAAGAGACGACGAAAAGUACAACCCAGAUCUUAUUUGUUCUCGCUCUGAACGGAAGAUAAGUUUGAUAAACAGGGGAUGUAUUUGUUAUGAAGGUGUUGGAAGUCUGACUGCAGUUGAAGGCAACAUCAACUCUGCCAAGUACAUUGACAUCCUAGACAAUAAAUUAUGGCGCCCAGUAGUUGUCUGGUAUUUUGAAGUAAAAGAGUACUUGUUCAUGAAUAUGACAAAGCGCCUGUUCACAGAGCCUUAUAAAGAUCAAAACGAAGUAACCUCAAUGGAAUGGCCAGCACAAUCACCAGAUUUAAAUAUAAUAGAAAAUACCUGGCUAUACAUGAAGAGAGAGCUGCAAAAGUCCGCAGUAGAUAUCGCUACCAAAAAUGAUCUUCUGCGUGAAAUCCAGAGCGUGUGGGGGAACAUCGAAUUGGAUUAUAUAAGAAACCUCUACCGGCAGUCAAUAUCUGACCGCCUAGACAAAGUAAUUAAAAUGAAGGGUCAUCUCGCUAAAUAUUAAGGUGAUUUUAAAGUUAGAUUUGCCGAAAACGGUGUUAAAACUAGCGCGCGUAAAAUGUAAACAAACGCCGCCAUAUUGAAAGUGACGAAUACUUAUGUCCCUCGACUGUAGCUUAAGUUGAACGAAUGACCGGGGAAUAAGUGUAUGCUCCGAGGGAGCUGAGGUUACUGGGUUUGGUCUUUGUGCCAGAAAAGCCAUGUAAUACACAGAAUAUUUCACCACAGAUUUUUACCAAAUGGAUUCAACUUUUGCUGCUUUUAAAUGAUUUGAAAAGAACCUUUUUGGAUGGCAAGGUGGUCUGAAAAAUACUUUUGAUACGGUAGACCAAUCAGUUUUUUUAAGUAAAUUAUACCAUUAUGGAAAUUGCAGGAUUGUUAGGGACUGGUCUGCGUCUUAUUUGUCCGGGCGUACUCAAACUACUGAAGUAAAUUCAUUAAUAUCCAGAAAACAAAUAGUCCCAUAUGGAGUUCCUCAGGACUCUGUAUUAGAAGCUCUUCUGUUCUUACUAUACACAACAGAUUUUUUCAAUUCUUCAAAAAAGUUUGACUUUUAUUUAUUUGCUGACGAUACGAAUAUGCUUUUUGCUGAUAAAAACUUAAAGUCCCUGGAGACGACCAUUAACAACGAACUAUAUUAGUCUGUCAAUGGUUGGAUGCAAAUAAAUUAACUCUGAAUGAAAAAGUCAAAUUACUUUAUUUUUCGACCCCGUCAGAAGAAACUCAAUUAUCACAUUAAUUUAGUAGUGACUGAUAAUAGUACAAAGGGAUAUUCUUCUCUUGAAUGUAAAGAUUACGUUAAAUACUUGGGUGUGCUAAUUGAUAAUCACCUAUGCUGGAAACAUCACAUUGAUUGCAUAACAUCCAAACUUGGCAAAUUCAGUGUGGUUAUAGCUCGUUUGAGACAUUUCGUUCCAUUUAAUACCCUACAUAGUAUUUAUCAGUCUUUAACGUUUUCUUAUUUGUCAUAUGGUCUAGUUUGCCGGGGUCAGGCUCUGCAAUCACAUUUGAAUAAAAUAUUACUGCUUCAAAAACGUGCUUUAUACGGAUAAUGCAUUUUUCUAACCCCAGGACUCGUGGUGUUCCUUGGUUUGUUUCUGCAAAAUUUUACCUCUAAAUUUGCUAUACUUUGAGACAGAGUCGAAUCUCAUGUUUGAUAUUUCAAAAAACUCUUCCCCGGAAAAUAUCUACAAUAACUUUAUUAGAUGUGGUUCAAUUCAUUCCUACAAUACCAGGACCUCUACGUCCCGCAUGAAUCUACUGAGUAAUUUCUGUUGCAAUUUUUUGGAGCCAGUAUGGAAUUGUCUUCCACUUGAAAUACGUAGACUAUCGAGAACUGCAUUUAAACAAAAAGUUUGAGAUCUGCUCUUUCAAAUUUUCGAAGUCGAAGACAGUUACGUCGACACACCCACUCUGUUGGAUAAAAUAGCGAAGCAGCAGUUAUAACUAAAAACUACAAUAAUUGUAGUUUUUAGUUAUUAAUUAUUAAUACACAAAGUAAGCCUAUGGUAAUAAAUCAAAUCAAUUGAAAGAACUAUAAGCAUUGUAUUUAUUUUCAACUAACUGUUUAUAUUACACAUUCUAUGUAACAAUUUUUCUUUCAUGUAUAUAACUAGGGGCCAAUGUUGUUGUUUUUUUUUUUGCAACCCGCCUCGAAUAGCUAUGCUAACUGCGGUUUGUCAAUGUUCGUAAUACUGUAUUCUUUUAAAAACGGAAUAAAGUGUUGUUGUUGUUAUUACUCGAGUGAUUAUUACACCGGCUUUAUGGAAGAAAAUAAGAAUCAUCAAAGUUAAACAGUGAAAAUGGCAACCCUAGGUUUAAAUUUCCUAACAAGCGUUAUAGACGAGGGCGAAGAGCAUUAUGAGGAUAUGCGAGAUAAGGUUUUUCAACUGAAUUGAUAAUUGAAAUACAUGAAAUGAAUCAUAUUUUGAACUGUGGAUAAAUUACGGUCCCGUCUCUAGUUGGGGACGUCGUCAAUUUAAUAGCACUCAUCAAAUAAAACAAAACACGACGGGCUAGCGCUCAAAAUGAGAACAUUUGAAUCGUUUUAUAGCCUCCCCUGCAGACGUCCUGCUAAUCGUUUUACUGUGCUAAAAUGACGUUAUCAAUUUAGUUGAUAUGACCGCAUUUUUGACUUUUCGUCUGUUCACUCCGGGGGGAUACUCGACCAAUAUUUGGUCAUAGGUAGUAACCGAUGAGGGUUUGAAACCAUGUCGCUCUUUUCAAAGGAAAAAAAACAUCCAUGUGUGAACCGAAACCCCAUCCGGUAUAGUUUCUUGCGGGGCAAGAGCCAUCCGGUAUUGUGUAAACAUGGCCUGAGUCAGAUAAUUAUCUUUCUUCUCUUUUUGAAAGGUAUUCAAGGGUCCGCAGGAUCGCGAUGACAAUGAAAUGAUCAUCCAGUCCCUUCGGCACCCAAUCGAGGCCAACAGUAUUCGCCUGCGCCCGGUGAGCUGGAACGAGCAGAUCUGCUUGCGAUUAGAAUUGUAUGGCUGUGACAUAAUAGGCUCACCAAGUAAGAAACAUUUAGACCCGUUCACUGGUAUCCGUUUUUGUUUGAAAACGGAGAUUUUUUCCUUUGGUAUGGCAAAUUGUCUACAUCGCUGUACGUAGAAGAUUUUUGAAAACACCGGCUUCUCGUUCAUAUGUGAUGGACAAAAGGAGAGAUUAUCAAAUAUGAUGUCACACAUCAUAUACUUCUACCAUGACGCAUGCUCCGUAAGGAAUUCUAUCGUAUUUCUAGCGUUUUAGUGUUUCCGUGUAAACGGGCGAAAACGAUUCGAACAGAAAAGGAGUGGACGCGUGUUUUUUCGAAAAAGGAAGAAAAAAAUCUCUGUUUUCAAAAAUAUUAUCUACUCGAUAAUACAGUCGAACCUCUAAAAUGUAAAGAUUUAGUGAUCACUUACAGGAACUGGUCGUUUACUAGAAUCAACCCUCAGGUGGUUUCUUCUGCAGGAGAAGAGGUUCCGAAAAACCCUUUGCAAGUUACAAUAUGUUAAGUUAUGAUUACGUUGUCACUGAAAUUCUUCGUACACAGUGGAACCUUUUUUCAGGGGACACCCUCGAAACAAAGGCAAGUUUUACCUGAUUGGAGGCUGGCUGUGGUUUGUUAAAUAUUGAACCGACAAAUUUUUUUUCUUUUAUUCUGCCUCGCAAUCUGCUGCAGUCAUUAGUUCUUUCAAGCAGCUAAAUAAUGUAUAAAAAUCAUGAUUAAUAUCUCUGUGAUGUUGUGCGUUGCAUUCCCGGAAGUUUAGUAUAUCGAUUUAAGUGACAUAGUUUAUUUUGUGUAAAGCUCUUGCCAUUGUAACUAGUCAAGACUAAAAAUAAUAUACGAAUUUUUGUGGUCAGUCACUUUUGAAUGCUAGGAAGUUCCCUGAGUGGAGUGAGCCCGGUUUUCUGGACCCAGAAAAUGUGUCCUUUUUCCCUGGACGGAGGUGUCCCUUCAAGGUAAAAAAUACAAGGAUUAUGUGAACAUUUUUCCCAGCCAAAUUUUGUGGUCCUUGAAUAGAACUGUCCCAAAGGAGAGGUUCCACUGUACUCUGAGUUGCAUUGUACAUAAAGGGGAUAAUGCAUCAAGUGGCCGCUUGCAAAAGGUUAAAAGCAAUGGAAAAUUAUAGAACCGUCAUCCCAAAACGUGGUAGCAGUCGCUUACGAAAGGUGGUCGUUUACGAGAGGUUCAAUUAUGGGACUUUGACUAGGAACAUUUUGGAUAGGUGAUUGCUUUUUGGAAGUGGUCGCUUACAAGAGGUGGUGCACAUUAAGUCAUUGAGGUUCAGCCGGAAAAAAGAGAGCUUGACACUCUAUUUGUUUCUAUGUUUGCAAAACUGUUCAAAAGAGAAACUCUGUUAAUUUAGUGUAUGUUAAAUAUUCACACAAUCGAAACUAAUUUAACUAUUAAAUUUGCAUGCUAAUAAAGAUGCUGUCAUGAGGACAAGAAAAACGUUGUAUUUUCAUUACUUUUAUAAUCAUAACUAUGAUAACUAUGACAAAUAUGAUAAUGUUGUCAUUAUUAUCACAGGCAACUGCAUUUCUGCUCUGGGCCUUGAGUCCGGUGAAAUAAAGGACGAAGCUUUGACACAAAGUAUUCCCCUGGAUGAUCCUCGGCGUAAUAUCUUUAAUAUUAGACCGCAUUUCAUCCGCCUGAACGAGGUCGUUGAAGGCUACCCAUACGGAUGGAGUCCAAGAUUUGCCAUCGACGAUUAUGUGCAGGUAAUAACGAUCUAUCUGUAAUGUACUCUGUCCGCAAAAUGACGCCUAGGUCAGGAAAUGACGAAGUUUCUAGCGUCCCUGGACCUUUCUUUCCUCUCUGUAAGCAAAGACGAGACAUUUCCUGUGAACGAUCAAUUUGGGUAAUUUGAUCUUACCCUUCUUCUCUUUUUUCCGCAGUUCUCAAGUAAAUAGCUCUAUCAAUUCUAAGUGUGCCCAUCCCUCCUGGCAUUUGUCGGGCAUUUUUAAAUGCUUUGUUCCCACGGUUGGGAAUUUGUCAUCAAAGUUUUGUUCAGUUUUAUUCACACUCAUACAUAAUAUUUGCAUUGCUUCUCAUGAAGCAUGAAACUCUGAGUAGCAAGGAAAUGUUUUUGACCUAGUUCAAGUCUACGUAUCUAUUCAAAGCUCUGGUAAACCCAUUGAGCACUUUUUAGUUGAUGAUCAAUUUGAAUUUCGUCAUUUCAUUUUAAUAUUUGCAAUGUAUACGGUAACGUAGGAAUAAAAUAACAAAUAUAAAUAUUUUUAUAAGAAAAAGAAAAGAAAGAAAUUAAUGGCUUUAGUAGAAGUGUAUGGCGUGUAUUAAAUUUUCAACUGGUAGUAGGAAUCUCUUCCAAGAUUUUGGUUGUGAUAAAUUUAAAUGUGUGUUUGCCGUAAUUUGACGUUCUAGACAAUUUUAUAGGAGAAGAAAUGUGGUACAUUAGAAUCAUUAAAAUCAUUAUUUGAAGCAUAUCUGGUAUUGUGUGAGUAAAAAUCAAUGAGGAAAAAAAAUUAGUCCCCUUUAUCAGGUACCAAAGCAUUAGAAAGAUUUGGAAGCACAGACGAACACUAAUAAGCUGAAGAGGAGAAAAGUGUAAUUUGGAAGUUGUGGAAGGAUACAGAGGGCUUUGAGGAGAAAGUUUUUUCGCCUUUGCAAAGAUUGCAACGCAAGAUUUAUCCGAACAAAAUGACUCGUUUGAAACAAAAGUACAUGUGGUAAAAUUUCUCAUGGUCAAGACAUUCUUCUAUAGUUUUAAACUGUUUUUUUCUGCUUGUUUACAUCUACGCAGUGCUUAAAUUUGCGAUUUUUAGUCUCCCUCUUUCAAAUGUAUUUGAAGGAAAGGUAUCUUCGUCCACAGGGUGGGGCUUUUGCAUACAAUUUCAACCGACAUUGGGCCAGAUGUAAAUUUGCUUUGGUCUAAUUUCGAGACAUUGGAGUCGUGAAAAUUUUGCAAUUUUGUCCGUAAAGCUCUAGAGUCAUGUUAGAAUUCACUGAGAACAAGUGAGGUAAAUCGUUUGUCGCGUUCAUCAGAACGCAUCCUAAUCUGAUGUUCCUGUGGCACUAAGGCAGAAAUUUUCGAGCCAUCACGGGCGACGGCAAAUAGGCAAGUUUCGUAUUCCCCGACGGCCCUUGAACGAGCAAAAUUGCAAGGCUAGUGCGGGUCAACUUCUUUGCAAACACAAAAAAAAAACAUAGGUAAUUUGCCGCUGAGUCGCUGGAAAACGAUUGAAAAUAGUAAAUUAAAAAUUAAAAAUAGUAAGAUUUCAAAGCUUAAACUUUACCAGUAAGUCAAAGGGAUAUCUGUUGCAAACAACAAAAUUGUGGGAAAAGCUGAUUGUACUUAACAAAAGAAGGGAAAAAAGCGACGAAGGCAAAAGAAGAACUGAAGUAAAUUUUUAAGCUUGAAAAGGGUAAAGUUGGUUAAAAUGACAGUAUAUUUUUGUAUAUUUUUUCCUUUAAUUAUCUAACUUCUUAGUAUUCUAUUUUACUCUUGUGUACAUCUCAAAAAAAUGGAGUUUAAACUGCUCAGUAUAUCGUCUGUAUAAAAUUUCUUUUUCGAGUUCUUGUCGAGUGAAAUGUGCGUACGUUUUUCUCUAUGUGACUGAAUAUCUUGAUAAGCUUAAAUAAUUUAAGCCAGUGUAAGCUAGAUGUACAUACAUACAUACAUACAUACAUACAUACUUUAUUUGUCAUGUAGGUCAGUGAAAAAAGAGGCAGCUAAAGAGCUGAUGUAGACCUACAAACUAAAAAGUAUCUACAAAAAAAAGUAACUAAUAAUAUUAACAAACCAAUGAAUUAUUUACAAUGAGUAAGGAAAAAUAAAACAAUACCUAGCAAGAUAAACAACAGUUGACUGUUGCCUUAAUAUAUAUAAUUUACAAUAUCUUUAUUUAUUCCCUGUAACCCAUUAAAUGUUAUUUUAUCUAAAAUGUCAGAUUUUUCUUUAAGAGCAGAUUUAAAAGAACCAAUAUUGGGUUUGCUCUUUAAGUACAUGGGUAAGUUAUUCCAUAGAAUAGACGCACGAUGAGAGAAGGAAGAUCGAAGGAAGUCACUUUUAGGGCAACGCACGUAUAGUUUCAGACUGUCCCUGAGAUUUCUUAAUGGAGAAUGUUUAAUAAAUAAAGAAUUUAUACCAGCCGGAGCCCUGUUAUAAAAUGCUUGAUAAGAUAUGGUUGCAAUCCUCUUUUUGUACAUGUAUGAUAAAGACUUCCAUUUUGUCGCUGCCAGGACCUCAGUGCUAUAAGAGUAGAAUUCUUUAUGUUAAAAAUAAAUCUCGCUGCUCCGAUGUGAAUGUCCUCCAGGGUCUGAAGAGAUUUUGAAGAUCCCCAUAAUGCAAUUGAAUACGUAAUACUUGGAAUGAUACCUUUGAAAUAAAUUGACUCUAAGAUGCGACUAUCGAGACCUUUUAAGUGUUUCAGUUUCUUCACUCUUGCUGAAAAACGUUUGCUCAAGGAUUUGAUAUGUGGCGACCAGGAGAGUUUAUUAUCGAUUUGAAUCCCUAAACAUUUAGAUUUAGAAACAAAGGACAACUCCUUUUGCCCUAAACAUAUUUUCUGUAAGGGCCCGAUGAAUUGUGAUUUAGAUAACAACAUCAAUUCGGUUUUUGCAGGAUGAAUAGUCAUGAAGUUAACCAUAGCCCAUUUGUUUAAGUCGGCGAUCGCCUCCUGAAUUUUAGAUAAGACUUCAUCAACAGUAUUUCCAAUACAAAAAACUGUGGUAUCAUCCGCAAACAUUUCAACAGAAGCAUUUGUUGUGGCUUCAGGUAAAUCAUUUGAGUAAAUACUGUAAAAUCUGGGACCGAGUAAAGACCCCUGAGGCACACCAGUAUCUAUUUCCAAAAAUUCUGAGUUAGAACCAUUUACAGUUACAAAUUGUUUACGAUUUUCGAGGUAAUUUAGGAGCCAAUCGUAAAAGGAGCCACUAAUGCCUAUAGAGUGUAAUUUAUCGAUGAGAACUGUAUGGUUGACGCAGUCAAACGCUUUCUGAAAGUCAAUGAAGACUACGGCAAUAACCUUGCUUUCAUCCAGGGCCAAACGCCAUCGUUCUGUUAGUGAGAGUAAAAGAAGUUCAGGUGAGCCUCCUUUUCUGAAGCCCCAUUGAUUUAAAGAGAUUUGAUUGUUGCCAUAUAAGAAGUUGUCAAGUUGUUGGCUUACAACAUUCUCUAAUAGCUUGCCCGGAAUGCUGAGAAGGGAGAUCGGCCUGUAAUUUCCGCAGUCGAGAGUGCUCCCUUUCUUGUGAAGACAUUUCACCUGUGCCUGCUUCCACUGGCUUGGGAAUUUGCUUUCCAAAAUACUUCUUUGAGCCAGUGGCAUAAAGCAGUCCAAAAAUACAUCUCCAAUAAGGCGCAGUCCCCUGCUUGAAAUAUCAUCAGGACCACUUGCCUUGCCAGGUUUCAAACACUUCAGAGAAGAUUUCAGAAGAUCCUUGUUAAGGGCUAUGUUAGAGAGAGAAAGAACAGGGAUUUCACUGUUAUUUCUUGCAGACUGACAAGGAGAGUUUAUUAAAGAGAGUUUAUUAAAGCUCCUGUAUUAAUAAACGUAUGCUAUUCUAGUCAUCUUCGUUUAAACCUAUUUAACUUCCUUAACAUUUUAAAGAAACUUUUUAAUUUUUUAAUUUUAGAGGCUGAUAGAACUUUUGAUUUGAUUUUUUUAAAAAACUGUAUGUAAUUUCUUAGAAUUUUGUGAAGGGGUUUUGCCGGAAAUUUGUAUUGAUAUAUAAUAUUGAUGUGGACGUUUUAUUUUUAAGAAUAUUUUACAGAAGUUUUCUGUGUAGUUUUUAUAAGAUUUUAAUAAAGAAUUUUUCAUUAUUAUUAAUUUAACUUCCUUACAGUGCAAGGAAUUUAUGCAGUACGUCUGCCCCGUCAGGUUAUUUUUUUCAAAUACACAAGAUUUUGCAUUCGCUUCGUUAAAGAAGGUCUCAGUUUAACUUGCAGGCUAUCGACAAGUACAUACACUUCAAUGGACGGUUGGUAUGGCUUAAAGAAGUUUUAACCAUCACUGAAAAUAACAUAAAAAUGGCUUCAGGGUAUUUACCUUGUUUAAGGAUUUUGAACCAUCUUCACAUUUUUAUUGAACUCACUGAACGACCACUAUUUCGGUCAAUUUCUGGUUAGGCUUGUUGUUUUUAUCAAGCCUGUAAGUAAGUUUUAUGCCCUCCAAAAACUUUCAACGUUUCAAAUUUUCCUUUUUUUCGGCGACUCAGCCCCAGUUUUCUCAUGUUUGUUUGUAUUCUUGGUGAGAAGUGACCCUCAUUAGCCUCGCUUUCGCGCAAAAACUAGCACUCAUCCUAGGCCGUCCGGAAAUACGAAACUCGCCUAUUAGCCGCCCCUAUUAAUGUUAUCAGGGGCACUUCGGCCUGGAAACUGGACUCCAUUCGACUCGAUUUCAUUUGCGUAAUUUUUCCGUAAGUGACGAACGCGGAUUCGUAAUCAAUGAUUACCUCUAGUAAAUAUUAUCUAAAAGAGGAAGAUGUUUUAAGUUCUAAUGUCAUGCUUUUUUAUGCUGAGAUAGGAUUGUAAGUGACUAAAAAUUGACGUAGAUUGCCGAGUAAUAGUCAUUACAUUGUAUUUUUCCUUAUAAUUCCGGAACGCCGCGUUUGUUGGUAAUUUUACUUUCAUCUGGGGCGUUAAAUGGAGCAAAGCACGGCAGACGUGAUUCAGAAGAAACACUGACAUUGAAAAGGAUUUUUGUGAUGGUGCUCUUCUCUUUAGUCACUUUAGUUUACCUUUAUUGUUGCUUUCCAUCCUCAGAUUGAUUUUGGUUCAUUAAAAAAGAUCACAAGGUUGGCUACCUUAGGGGGAUAUACUAAAUCUGAAAGUGAACUUCCUAAUUUCAUUCCAACGUUCAAGCUUGAGUAUAGCAACAACUCAAACUCCGUAACAUGGGAGAAGUACCGAGAAAAUGAAGAAAUCAAAGUAAGUAGAUAUGUUGGAAGCCUACCCGUAGCUACCGCAUACGCACUCAGGUGUAUUCGCCGUGUUUUGUUAUGGUGCCAAGAGUUUAGUUUUGAGCCGCCAUAGUUUCUUUGGAUUUAGAUCAGCCUCGUACCCAAGCCUCUAACCUGUCUCUUGCCUGAUUUUAUUCUCACGCACAGGUAAGGAGAAUUCCUUUCCCAGAGGCAAUUGCGAAAAAAUGCCGUAUGAUUCUUUUAAUUGUCCUUUGAGAAGUGCUAACUGAGUACACGAAAACCAUACUUUUAGAAAAAAAGAAAGUUGUAUAUAAAUAACUCGAAAAUCUGCAUUUGGAGCCUUAGAGGAGCAUUACACCGUAAUUUUUAGGGAGUUAUUAUAACUCCAAAAAUGGAGUAAAAAUUUUAGGUACAGGAUAACCCCUUUUUUGGGGUUAUUUUAACUCCUAAUUUAACUCCGAAUUUGGGGUCAUUUUUACUCCUGAAAAAGAGUUCUUUUUACUCCCAGUCUUGGAGUUAAAAUUACUCCGAAAUGGGGUUACUUGUACUCCUUACAGGGGUUGUUUUCACUCUUUUUGGAGUUAAUUUAACUCUGAAAGUGGAGUAAAAAUUUUAGGUACAGGAUAACUCCUUUUUUGGGGUUAUUUUAACUCCUCAAAAUCUGUGGUCACUUUUACUCCUGAAAAAGAGUUCUUUAAACUCCUUUUUGGAGUUAAAAUAACUCCACGAAAAAUAACUCCACUGUAAGGAGUUAAAUUAGCCCCACUAGAGGAGUUAUUAUAACUCCCUGAAAAUUACAGUGUAGGUGAUGAUGUAGCGGUUGAAUUUCUUACAUAAUUUGCAAAGUUAUGAAUAUAUGAAAACCAUAUAUGUGAACUGCUGGGUGAAGAAUUAUCUGAAAGAUGAGGUAUGUUCAUCUUUCAUAUAAUUCUUCACCCCGCAGUCCACAUGUAUGGUUUCUAAAAUUCAUAACUUCAUCAUCAUCCUUUCACGGGUUUAUAACGAGCCAAUUCAACGACCUGCUCCCAGUUGGCUUGUUGGCUCAACUGGUAGCGUGCUGCACCGGUAUCGCAGAGGUCAAGGAUUCGAAUCCCGUACAAGCCUGAAAUUUUUUCAGGCUUUCUUUUCCCUACUGCAAAAGUUGCGUCUAUAACUGCGAUGGUCAUCUUUCAUAAAAUAAUUUGCAAAAUCGUCCAAUUUGAAAUCACUGCACUGAAAGAAUAACGAUCAAAUAGGUUCUAGGCUGCAGUGAUGUUCAAAGUUUUUGAUAUUUAACAAUUUUGUUUGAGAUUUCGGGCGCAUCUCCAACCUCUUUCCCAGGGUUAUCUCCUACUCUGCCCCCUCUCUCUCGCCACGGGGGCCGAUUAGAAGAAGACCUUGGGAACGACGUUGGCGCAACUCAUUAAAAAACACUUCGAAUAACAGGCAGUAGCGCAUUCUUUUCGAGGGAAUUACCUUAAGAGAACUUUCAGACACUUCUCUCGCCGAUAGUAGACAAAUUCCUCAACCCAGAAACACAGGUACUGUAUAGUGCAGAAGCGUAGUCAGCUCAGAGACCUGUAAGCCCGGGCCGACAAAUUCUUGGUUUGAUCACUUACUACUUGUAAUAAAUUAUGCCUUUUCGGGGUGAGCUAAAAAGCUUAAUAGCUUAAAGUGUUGGUGAGGUCAGUGCGUACUAGUCAUGCGUGCAAUUUCAGGAUAUGUGGAAAUGAAAGUGAUCAGCCAGGCCUACAACUAGUCGAGAAGAUGGCUACACCCCUGUAAAGCUAUUUUAUAAUUUCUCUAGAAAUAACUAAGAUAGUGCGCGCGCUCUGACCGUGGUCGGCCAUUUGUUAAAAAAUUAUGACACGGUAUACGUGAGUUUCUGCAACGUGACUUGUGAUCUUUCCUAUUCUAUGUUUUUUUUCCCAAGGAUGUGACCAUUUUCUUUUCAUACGUCCGUUCCACGCAAAGAUACGCUAAACAAACACGUAUGUAUAUGCGCACAACACGAGCCUAUACGUAUGCGUUACAAACAAGUAUGUAUUAAUGGGAAGAAAAAAAAGGGAAGAAAAAUCCGCAUUUUGGAGUCAUCGUUUUUGCAAAAGAAGAACUUAUUACGCGUACAUACUUUGCGUAUAACACUUUGCGACUGGUAAGAAUUUCUUUUUUUUAUCUGGUGUAAUGAAUCAAGAGUUUGCCUUACUCUCGGGAAUUUAUUUCUCAUUCUCUCGUGCUUAAAUUGAAAAGUAAACCUUUUUUCCUGCGUUUGCAUAGCCUAAUAUACACUCGAUGGAUGAGAGAGCUUGACAGUUAUGUUGUCUCGAAUCCUCCCAAUCCCUCUCGUGUUUAUAUCAGGCUCUGCAAACUAGCCUUGGUAUAGGCCUUCCUAAGGGGCUGGGGGAGAGGAGAUUUUAGCUGCGAGAGUGGGAAGGGGGAGGAGAGAAAGGAAGGACGUUUCUCUCAAUUCGCUCUCUCCCUUUUUCACUACACUCUCCCCUCUUUCCCCCCGUGAACGCCUGAUACUCAGGCUAUGCAAACACGGAAAACGUUUACUAUUGCUUAACUUGAGCAAACUUUAUAGCACAACUGCGUUUGCAUGCAAACUCCUCACUCCAUAAACCAUAAGGAGAAUGAGUAUAGGCGUUUGGCGCAGCGAUUUCCAGGCUUAUUUGGUUGGAAUUGGACAAGAGUUUCUUAUGAUUGAUUAUUUAAUAGUUGCCUUGAAUAUAGCGUGCGAAAACAUCCGUUUCUCCUUGCUCUUCGCCGCUGGGGACGUUUCGGGAGGACGAACGUCUGCGACUCAGCGACAGAAAUUCCAUACUGAUGACGCAAAUCAGUGUUUACAUAAUAAAUUCGGUAGUCAUGGGGUUGCAAGUAUAAAUUUCUCCAAUGUUACGUGUCUUCUGGUGGAUUUUGGUAAAGUGUUGUGUUCAUCUGCCAACGCGCUUCAACAAAACUCACAUGUUUCUUUUGGAGAAGACCGUAUUCCACAAAUAUUGACUGUUUUGUUAAAGAUUCUUCGCGUUUACGUUUGACCUUUGUGGCCUUUUGUUUUUUGUUUGUCAUUCGUAAACAAUAGCUAAAACAAUAUAACUGCUCCGUCGACCAAUCAGCGCUUCUGACCGCAUUCCGGACAGAUUUUAUAUCAUCAGUAUGGAAUUUCUGUCGCUGAGUCGCAAACGUUCCUCCGCGCGAAACGUCCCCAGCGUGAAGAGCGAGAAGAAAUGGAUGUUUUCGCAGGCUACCUUGAAAAAACCAUCAACCAAUCAUUAACUAACUCUUAUCCACCCAAAUGAUCGGAGAAUUCGUCCCGCGGAAAGCUUGUACCCAUAGACGCUCAUGCAUUACAGGUGCAAGUCGUGCAAAGAACAAAAGAAAAUGCUCAAUUAAGGUUUACAUGAAGCACUACUCAAAUGGCAAUUUCCAAGAUUCAGUCGACGAGGAAAUGGGUAAAUAAAGCAAAAUUGUUGAGAUUUAAUCUCACAACCUUUUUCACAUUCGUGCUUGCUUGACUAGCACGCGCACAGCAAAAUAUCUCGACGUCACAACUAUGGCUGCGUGCAAACGGACGCAACAACUCCCAACAUUGUUACGCCAACACUGUUGGGAGUUGUUGAGUGCGUGUUGGCAGUAGUGUGCAAACGGAUGCAACAACUCCCAACAAUGUUGGGACCUGCAGUGCAUCGCGGGAAGGAUACAACCCAUAAGUCUUUGUAAACCAUGCGUAAUGAGCGUGCGUGGCCCUAAAAAUGUUGGAAGAGUUCUGCAAACGGAUCCAACAUUGUUGCGCUACGCUUCGGCGAUCACGGAACAAAAGAAAUGUUGGGAGUUGUUGGCUGAAAAGUUUGACCGGUUUCAAACUUUGCGCAACAACACGCAACAGCAUCCAACAACAUGCAACAGGGUGUGCAAACGGACGGAACAUGUAACAUCCAACAAUGUUGGGAGUCGUUGGCCAACAAAGUUGCGUCCGUUUGCAAGGGGCUUAUGUUUACAUGUAUUUAAUUUACUCUCGUGCGUGCAAACACGCCUCUCGGCCAAUUCAUAGCGCAGGUACUAUCUUAGUUGUUUCACAAAAUCUUAUAGUUUUUUGUCUUAGAGUUUUUGAGGAUAACCCAAGAUAUUUGUUGUUUAAAAUAAUUUCUCUUACACUAAAUUAAGGAACUGAAACGUCUCCGGGUGGGUGACGCCUUUUGCAACUGAGAGUAUCUGAAUCGAAGAUGACUUGAGGGAAAUCUUUUAAUGAAAGUCUAUAACAGUCUAUCGUUAUGUUUGAUUGUUUUGAUAGGAUAUAAAAGGGCCGAAAGACAAGCUUGAAGCAAAAUUUCCUGUGUUUGCUAAACUUGCCGAGCCAUUUGUAGCUCGCUACGUGCGAAUUAUUGCAAACACCAUCACAGGAAGUAUGAGAGCCGAACUAUACGGUUGUUCUGCUGAAGAACUUCCUCCUUAUACUGGUAGGUAAAAGCUCUUGAUUUCAUUCUGCGCGGGGACCUGGCACUACCGGAUUUAUUGAUUUAAACAAUAUUUAGAGUCAGAUUACUCCAGAAAAGUCAACACUGAAGAACAAGAGACUAUCGCUACUUGGAAGUCUUGGUAGGAUUUAGAUAUUGCAUUUAAUAUCCGUACCCCUCCGAUUAAGGACCUACCUUUUCUUCUUGCCCCUAGAGAGCAAAAAAAUUGUUUUUACCCUUGAAGACUUCCACAAAAUAUGGGUUUACCCCUGAAGAAUAUGGGUGUACCCCUGAAGAAUUUAGCGAAAAUUAAAUCUCUACCCCCAAAGAAUUCCAUAUUUUUUUACUCUACCCCUUAAUGCAAUGGGUAUUUGUAUGCGUAAUAGCAUGAUUUGUAGUGAUAUUUAAAAAUUGUUCUACGUAAUUGCACUAGCCGUUAGGCGAGUGAAAUUUGAGACAAUUCUGAAAUAUCACGAGUGGUAUUUAUGCCAGAUAUUACGUGCAAAUUAUGCGAUUAUUUGUUUAUACCACUACCCGUAAAAGGUUUGAGGUAUUUCAAAUUAAGCUGAAAUACCACUGCUCCAAGCCAAUCAAAUUGCAGAAAUUUCUGCUUGCACUUGCAAAAUGGCUCUAGUCAGAUUGGACAAGCUUCUUUUUCUCGCCGGAUACGUUUAGCUUCGGGCAUUGUAGAAAUACUUUAGCCUUUCUUUGCUAAGUUUAGGUAGAUUCUCCGAGGGAAUAUUGAUUAUGAUUGUACAUUGUACUUACUAUCUGCCUUCUCAUUGGCUAAGAGCCUAAAGCUAAUUCUGAAAAUCAGCGCAACCUUAGGCUACAGAUUAGUCAGUUAUCUGCUAACAGAUAACUGUCUAAUCUGUAGCUAAGGCUGUGCGACCAAUUCAUGAUUUCCAAUAACAAUAUCAUAAUUCAGGUUCCUUCCGACGGUGUGUUUGUCGUUAUUGUCUUCAAGAUAAUGUAUUAUAAAACAAUUAUUAGAUUCAGUUUUUGUGAUAUCCUGAAUAAUCAAGGUCUCGGUAAGUGUUAUCAGCCUCGGCCUUCGGCUCGGCUGAUAAAACUUACUUCGACCUUAAGCUUGGAUAUCCGGAUAUCACAAAAAUCUAAUCCAAUAAUUGUUUGAUAUUUGUCCAAAAGAAACCUGCUUUCUUUCGAGUUCCGCCAUUUUGAAACUGGACAUUUACAACGUCCUGUAAAAUCCGGUAGUGCCAGUCCCCCAGGCAGUAUGAAAUUAUACAAUACAGCGUUUGAUGCUCCAUUAUUUAAACCUUUCAGCCAGCAAGGAUGCCUUUUAAGGCAAAACUUAGAACCAGAUUUAAUUUUUCAAUCUAAAAUACCAUUCUUAAUCCCCUCUCGCAUUCGAAGAACUACCACUGCGACGAUCAUAUCUUCAUUUAAUUUAUUCUUGUCUUCUAACAACAGUAUAGCUCCGACAUUCGAUACAUAUACAGACCACACAUAACCACUCUGACAAAGGACUAGCGCACGAAACUUGAGGAUAUGAAUGUCUUUACGGGGAUGGCCAUUAACUGAGCUUAGUAGGUUUACUAGAUUUUUAUGCUGCUGAAGAGGUAUUGGUAUAUUUGUGCUGGCGCACUAUGGGAGUUCUUCAUCCUGAAAACUACAUUACGUUCCUCCAUAAUUGACUCAGGGGGCCAAGUGCUAUCCCGAUAAUCCCGAUUGAGAGUCACUUAAACUGACACGACUAAUACAAAAGUUGAAUCCCGCCAUUUUUCCUUGUAGAUGCUCCUGAAUAUGCCCGACGAUCUUUCCUCCUAGAUCCAGUUACUGGCCGGUUUUACCCUUGCAUGUAUACGGCUGACGGGUGAGUAGGUUUAGAUCUGACUUUCAGUAUGUCUAGUUGAGCUAUAAAGGUAGCCGUCAAAACUUACUAAGUGCUCAGUCUUUAGGUACAGAUUUUUUUUAUUUACUGAUUUUUCGUCCUUAUCAAUUGUUCGACUUUACUAUAACAAAAAAUUUCUAUUAAUACUAACCCGAUUAGUUAUCAGUAGCUCUGUUAAAAGAAGCUUCUAAUAGUACAGUACGAGGCACUUGAACUCUCAGGAGAUCUUGAGUUUUAACAGAAGCAUAUUGACCCUUCUGGCUUUAAUUAAGGAAAAGUAGAAAAUUAUCACAAAUUAGUAUUUGAAUAUUACUUUGUAACAGAACUUCGUGUCGUCCAGUUCAGUCGGUGAUCAUACUCUUGUUAAACAAAUCCGGGACUUCCUCUUCAGUCGCGGUCUCCCUAUCGCCAUUGGUGAACUUACGCAACAGGACGGGAGAGGAAGGAAGACGGCAAACCUUGUGUGAUAAGAGUGACAAUAAUUUUGCUUAAAAUAACUUUUCGCCAAACUUCACUUUCUUUCAGGUCUUUUUGUACAAGACCAGAAAACAUUGAUGUUAGUGAAGAUCACGACAAAACACACACGUAAUAGCCUUGUCACGUUCUUCACGCACAAGCGAUUUGCUGUCCUCUUCUUCCUGCCGUCCUGUUGCGUAAACUCACAAUUAUAAACUGUACUCGUAUGUGAUUAAGUAGACAAAUUGUGAAGAUCUUAGAAAAUGUUAGUCAUUCUUAGCUCAGUUAGUUAGUGUGUCGAUAGGAGUAAUGCGACAAGGGGUCCUGAGUUCAACCCUCACCUUUGUAAAAACGUGUACAUUUGAAUAAGACUUGCAAAUAAGAAAAAUUAAAACGGAAUCCACCAAGAAAUUGAGUAAUUUUAAUUUUCAGUGGUCAGAAACCUUGUACAAGAAUAGUUUAAGGCAUAUUGACUUCUUUUUUCAUUUUUUCAAGGGCUAAAUAUGUAAUUAGUCAUCUGUAAUAACACCAAAGAAAAUUUCUCAUGAGAGCCCGAGAAAAUGAAUGUCAAAUUCCACGCGAUUACAUCUUACACAUGAAAUUUUCAGAAUUUUACCUGUGCUUUCACAAUUCUUGUGAAAUUUGACAUUCACUUUCUCGGUCUCCCAUGAGAAUUUUCUUUGGUGUUACUACAGAUGACUAAUUACAUCCUUAGGCCUUGAAAAAUGUAAAAAAGAAUGUAAUAUUUUUUAAAUUAUUCUAGUACAAGGUUUUUGUCCACCGAGAAUUAAAAAAUAUUACUGAAUUUCCUGGUGGAUUCCGUCUUACACAGUUAAUUUCACUUGAUAAGAGUGCCACAUAGCUUACACAAUUAAUUCAGUAGUUUGUACAAAGAUAAUUGCUGGUCAAGAUACCAUAGAUUGACGGCGUUUAAGGUCUCUUUCUACUAAGUAUAACUUCUUCCUCUUAGUUUUAUUAGGACGCUGAUAAAAAUCGUCCGCACAAUUUGUAAUUGUUUUCUUUAUUUUAUAGAACUGUAAGCAGCUGUUUUUCAACCAUGGAUGGAGUGGAAUGGACUUGUAAGUUUUCUGUUAACUAAUCUUAGUUUUUGCUAAAGCUUACAAGAAUAGUAGGUGAUAAAGGCACUCUUUCAUCGUUUGCUUUACCUUCCAAGAUUAGCCCUAAAAUAGAGCAGUAAACUAUGCAAAUUUUCGUUUUUCAUGUUGAAAUGCUGCAAUAAACUUGAACUCAAUUAUAGUGACUAUCGUGAAACAAACGAAAAACUCACCCUAUCAAACACAAACCACCCUCGGACAGCCUUUGAUUAUAUCAAUUCAAGGUGGUAUGAGAUAAACUGAUUUUCGGUAAUACGGAAUCUUUCAUGUUCUAUUUUUUAAGCCAUAAAACCAACAAUAAUCAGCAUAAUAGCGUCUAAUCCCGCUUGGAAAGAGCUUUAUGGCCUAGAUCGAAGAAUGAACAUGUAUCGCAGCCGUGAUUCUGGUGAUACUUGGCAACAGAUUACUGAUGGCUACAUAAAGGAAAUACAAAAGUUGACGGGUCUUGUUCGCGCUACGCCACUUCCGGAAAAUCUGGUGUCCAAUGUGCCCACGGCUAACUUUACAGCGGUUGCUAAUUCUACUGGCUUCACUUGGGGAGGUAAGGAAUGCCUUAUAUAGUAUUUUCAGUAUUAGUAGCUACAGAAUGGCAACACAUACCCGACUCAAGUAGUUUAAGCCUGGGUCUAAUGAGUUUACCUGUGAAAAAUGAUUUACUGGCUAUAACUUCGGCAUAGAAAAUGGGGCUGAAUCAAAAUUUGGCACAAAUAAAGAGCUCAUCGUCCUUAAAAUUUUAAAGUUUAAAUACUGUGUUAAUAAGUCACGUGAUAUGUGACCAUUUUUCUACGAGAAAUCUUUAAUAAUUGACAAAUUGGUAAUUGGUACGAAUUCAAGCAAUAAUAUUUUUCACAUUCAUAUUAAACAGUUCUAACACUUUACAUUUGAAAUGACUGUACAUCGCACUUCAAUAAAAAAUAAUCGUGAAGGAAAAUAUCCUUUUAGUGCCUAAAUUUAACCUUGAAUCAUUCAAAACUUUACCACUCGAAAGCAUUGCAUAACUAUUGUAAAUUCGCAACUCACAAGUUUAUUUGUACUACAACCGGACAGGAAGCUCAUCAAGCAGCUUUUUUAUCCAAGGACCCAAACUAAUCCUAAGCCUUUAAUAGUGGAGCUCUUGCGCGCGAAGCGCGCGCUUCGGAGCGCCAUGGGUAAAAAAAUGUGGUAAACUACCCAUCCGAGAAAAUUUGGUAAUCACAUGACCGUACACCGACCGCCCGACCGUCCGUCCGCACCGCAGGCAUACCAAUGUAAAAUAAUUCAAUCAACAGGUAUGGCAACCCAAAUGCAACUCAAGGUCUUAUUUGGAAAGAAAUCGCAUGGCCGCCCGGACUUUUAGAAAGAAAAAACAACAACAAAGUGGUGUCUUUUUCGACGUUAUUUUUGAUGUUUACACUCACGUGGAUAACAGAGAAAGAGUUAGGGCGAGUGAUUUAAAACAAAAGAGAAUAAUUUUGUUGAACGAAAAACAUGAAAAUUCAAAGCGGCUGUGAGACAAUGAGAAAUGCUAACGGCCAGCAAGGUGAAAAUGAGCGGCAGUGAAAAUUAAGAGCUAACAUGAACACAGGAGACAAAAUAUUGAGUACGCAUAUACGACAAUUCCUCCAUAAAAGUAAUGUUUAACUAGGAAGUUUGACGUUUUAGCCCUACAAAACAGCGUCAUAGUUGUGGAAAACAACGGCAAAGAAAGACAAAAAGCGUGCUGCACGUGCAAAUUUGUUUGUUUGCUAAUUAGAAAAAAGUGUGCUGCACGUGCAAUUUAUUUUUUUUGCUAAUUAGAUCUAUUAGUCAUUAGCCAUUUUCAUUGUCGUCCCCGUUUAGCAUUACACGAUUUAAUUUUUUUUGUUUACAAGUAUUAUUAACCAGAGCUUCGCUUUUAGCCCUGGCUAAAUCUUUAUACUAUCAUUACUAGGCGUAAUAGUUAGUGUUAGAUAUAGAUUGUAUAAUUUUAAAUUUUUGCACGGCUCUUAUGGACGAGUUUGGAAGAGAAUUACUGUCAGUAAUGAAUGAGACACUAUGGAAAAAAAGCUUGAUUGAUUGAAUUAUUGUUUCUUGUCUUAAAAAAAGGACGAAUCAAGAGAAAAUAUGGCAGGAAUUUUUCGGAAUUCUACAGAUAGCUCAACUUUCUGUUAGCUAGUAGUCAUAUAUACCCUCAAGACCCUCAACCAAAUUCCUGCCUCCUGCUCUAUCAUUAGGCAUAGUCUGAGUACUGACAGCAGCCGAACAGUGUAGCAAAAAACGCAGACUCUUAACAUCCCUUAGCGGACACACUCAUGUUACGCUAUUUGCUCUCUUUGUAAAAAGCUAAAACUUGUCUUCGCAUCAAUUGAAUUCCAAAAAUAAUGGUCUGGUUUUGGUUUAUUUAUGACGAUGUCUGCGUAUUGAAACUGUUUCCUCUCGUCUGUUGCUACGGAUUGCAAGGAUGGACAUGGAUUGAAACUUGAAACGUUGGACCAACUGAAAUAAUCACCCAAAAAAUAAUUGUGGUUUAUGCUCGCUGAUGAAAUUUUUUUAUAUCGCCGUCACAACUCUGCGGGAGCAUUUUGUGUAUGGGUAAAAGAACUAGGUAAUGACUUUAGUACAGAAUUGACCGAAAACAGCAAUAUCCUCUUGAUCUAGUAACACCUCAGAUGUUUGACCCCAUGGGGUCAAAUACUUCCCUUGAUUUAUGAUCCAUCUAGAGUAGAGGAUCUGCUCUCGCCCUGCAAAAGCUUAAGAAUUAGAUAUAACAGUAAUGUUGUGUUAUCUGAUUUCGUUUUAUAGUCUCAGGCUCUGGUAUACAUGUGAUGGACGCUGGAAGUAAUUAUUGGCGUACUGUUGGCUUAUGGAAGUGUUGCGACUAAUCAAAAGACUUGAAUCUAAGCUUAACAGCUCUGUAUAUACAUUUUACCCACUGAAUUGUAGGCUUGAUUUCGGCCGGGCUCAUUUAUCCCAACUUGCGGCUUGUAAGUGCUGCUAAGAAUUUUAUUGCAUUUGAAAAUAGUUUGCCCAGAAAAAAAAGAAAAAAAAGUUGAAGGAGACAAGGAAUUUCAUACCACUGCAAAGACGAUCCGCGUUUCAGAAUCACUUUCUUACUCGGUAAUGUGAUGAAUUGCUUUACUGUACUGCCUCAUUAACUGAAGAUAAACUAUUAAUGUUUUCUAUGCCAAAGAUCAUUUAUUUUUUUCAGUUUCUGUUUUUUCAUUGAAACAGAAAAUAACCUUUUCAAUGCACUUGUUUUAGCACGCAUUCCGAUUCUAGUAUAUUAUUUGCAUAUGGCUAUAAAUGUAUGCUUCACUUGACAAUUUACCUCCUUCACCGAGACAGCAGCAGGAGAAGGAAUAGAUUAAUUAAGGCUGUUCGAUGGCUUCCCCAGUUUAUUACUGCGCAAAUAUGACAACAUUAUUUAGUCCUUAAUACUCUAAGUUACUAGCAUGCUUUUAAGUUUUCGACAGUAAAUAACUUUGACUUAAGGCAGGAACCGAUGGUCACUGUUUGAGUAAUAGCUGCAUGAGAGAAAAUGGAAAAAUAAAACAAAAGCAAACCACCAAAGUUAUUCUUGCCUAUUUUUACUUUUUGAAGAAUGUUGCUGACAUCUAAAAUACAACAAUACUAGGCUAACAUUAAGUUCAUUUGUGCGACAAGGGACUGCUAGGACGCCCGGGGAUUACAGAACAAAGUUUCAUACGGGAAGACUCCUUCCCGACGGGGAGCAAGGGUGGCGCAGUGGUGAGAGCACUCGUCUCCCACCAAUAUCGCCCGGGUUCGAAUUCUGGCUUCGACGCCAUAUGUGGCUUAAGUUUGUUGUUGGUUCACUCCCUUUCUCGGAGAGGUUUUUCUCCAGGCACUCCAGUAUUCCCCUUUCCUUAAAAACCAACACUUCCCAAUUCCAAUUCCAUCUGGAGCGCACGGACACGUUUCAGCGAGUUCUUAAGAACUCGUAGGUGCUCUGUGGGUAAACAAAUUACAAUUACAAUUACGAUUACAAAUAGGUUCAAUCUUAUUCCCUUUUAUAUGCCAUUUUUUAGAGAAAAGGUACCAAUCCCGCAUACAUUUUAGUACCUUCUAUUCAAAUAUGGUAUUCCUUUAACUUUCCUACUUAAUAACAGUAAAUCGCUAAGCCAGGAAGUCUUCUGUCAUUUUCGUGCAACAUAAAACAGAGGGCGCGUCUUUUAGAAAGAUUUUUAAUCAAAGGCCCUUUCAAAUCCGAUAGAGUUUCCUACCCUUUCAUAUACUAGUAAAUUCCCUACCAAUUAAUAUACCUGAAACCUCAAAAAGGUUCGCUUUUCAAGGGAGUGUCCAACCCCCGGGCUAGGACGAGUUAAGACAAAUUGAAAGCCAAGGGCACGCAUACAUCAACACAUAGCCUCGCCAGUACCUCACACAGGUGCAAAGCCAUAUCACCCAGGCAGUGGCAGCCAUGGACAGCUGUUUUGCCCUCGUUGGGGUUCAUCAGCAUGGCAUAGCCGUCACCCGUCAGUCCUAUGAACGGACAAAGCAGUGUAUCAAAGGCCCUUUACUGACGAGGCGAGGGCAAAGCAUUCAUUUAAGCGCCAGCUCCACACAGCACAUGGCUGGCACUGCCCGGCUGUGUGGCAUGGAUUUCAUUUCGGAAGAUGCAAAGACUGACCUUGUUUAACAACCACUUGUUAUCAAUGGAGAGGAGACUGAACGUUGUAGAGAGAGUGGUCAGCAACUUGGCCUCAGAUGUAUUACGGGCCGUCUUGUAAUAGAGCCGCAAUGUGAGGCAGUCGUACUCGUCCACCUCAUCCAUCGCAGAUCAUCUUCCAAAGCUGCUAAUCAAGGGCUGUAAAUCCUGGAACCUUGCGGCACUCAUUUUCAAGAGAAAUACUUGUCCAUCGGCAGAACGCUAGUGUCUGCUAGAGGGGCUGGUCUUGUUCCUCUAAAAAUGCAUUUCGAAAAAUAUACAACGGUGGAGACGAUAGUGGUAGUGCGAUUGGCUAGUGCCAGAGAAUGUGACUGAAGUAAAGGGGCACUUUCCAUUCUACAGAAACUUCCGAAAAUUUGGAAAUGGUGGCGAAUGGAACAAAUAUUUCUCUGGAAAAUUUCCAGAAAGUCCAAUAACAGUUGAAUUUCUGACCGAAAGUUCUGAAAAAUACGAGAGCAAAGUUGAAAAGAAAGAAAACUUUCGGAACGACAUUUGCGAAAAUUUGGCUAUACCACACGAGGUUGUCUUCUUUUUGGAAAUUUCUGAAAAUGCCGUUCCAUUCGCUACCGGAAGGUUUAGUUGAAUGGAAAGCGCCCAAGAGCUUCUUAGGACUUGCCAGCUACUAUCAACGCUUUAUUCCUAAUUAUGCUCAAAGUGGCCUGACCGCUUCACAAACUGACUGAAGCGCAUGUUGACUUUGCUUCAACGUCUGAGUGCCAGUUAUCAUUUGACACGCUGAAGACCUUAAUGUCGACUGCCCAGAUUUUACAGCAGAGUUUGUGCUCGACACAGACGACACCAAUCAUGGUAUGGAAUUGUCCUAAGUUAGGCGAAGGAUGGGUGUGGAGUCCUGUUGCGUAUGCCAACCGAACGUUGACUUAAGCUUAGAAAUUAACUACUGUUUUAAGAUGAAAAGAAUUGCUUGCGGCAAUGGACGUCGUGAAGUAUUUUCACCAUUACUUACAGGGAGCGAAAUUUCGCAUAGGAACUGACCAUGCAUCUCUCCACACCGUUCUGACGGUGAGAGAACCAGAGGGGCAGCUAGCCAGGUGCAUAGUUCCUGGAUUCGUUUGGCUAAAAGAUUGUUAAUCGAGAAAGUCCGCGGCAUCAGAAUGUAGACGCCAUGCCACGAAGACCUUGUGGUAGUGGUUCUAAAUAAUAUAAGGAGAGGAAGAAGAUUGAGCAAAUGGUUAGUGUUGCUGUUCAAACUGACACUGAAGGGUUUGUGACAGGGCGAACGAAAAUUCCUCAGGUUAAAGAGAGUUCUUGUCAGGUAACACUGAGGUUUGUCCACCGAAUCAGCCUGACUCUAAAUGUAACGCUAUCCUAUGAGGACCAUAUUAGAGAGACGAUAUUAUCUUUAAGGUGGUCCAAUUCAAGGAAGCAAGCGCUUCAAGGCCAAAGUUGGAAGAUGUUUCUCCUUAUGAACGUACCGUGAACGUGAAGGCUCUUUGGGCCCAAUGGAACCAGCUGGAGUUCCGAGAUCAAGUAUUGUGUCGAAAAUAGUGUCGAAGUGGUUCCAGAACUAAGCACUAAAAAGCUUGCGAGAGGCAGCACUAAGGGCUAACCAUACAACAGCGAAUCGCCAGGGUGUUAAAAAAACACUUAAAGCGCUUAGGGCUCGAUGUUACUGGCCAGAACUAACUUCAAACGUUAAGAAGUGGUUCAGAGCUUGUCAUGAGUGUAGAGGAAAAAAGAGCACGGGUGAGGAGAGACGUUCCCUAUAAAAGAAGUAUGUGGAAUAUGCACCACUGGAGCGCCUCGCCAUGGACAUAUUAAGGCCACUUCCUCUGACCCCUCACGGGAAUAAAUUUGUUGUUUUCGAACCAAUAAGCUUUUAUGGUAGCUGAGAAGUUAUAUAAGUCGGUGAAUUUAUCUGUCGUUUUCGGAGUUCCACGGGAGAUACACAGCGACCAAGGAACUUAGAGUCCAAAGUUAUUUCAGAAGUGUGUAAGCUCGUGGACGUUGAGGAAACGACAAACACUCCGCUACAACCACUGUCGGACGGCCAUGUAGAACAUUACAACGUUACGGUGGUGAUGAAAGUGUUUGGCUGCACAAUAUUCAACGAAAGAAAUGUAUGAAUCCCAAGUUAUAUUAGUAGUGUCCUUGUUGUCAGACUUAACGUACCGCAAACAGAGACGUCGAAGGGCGAAACUAACGGUGAUUCAGGCAGAUCUUCUGAAGCCGUACCUCGGUCCUGCUUUGAGGGGCUGGAUUUCUGAUGGAGAGGAGAUUAGUACGCCUGUUGUAUCUGGAGCUGGUGGUUACAAUUGGCCCGCUUUUGGCUAAGGCGAGAGGAGAACACGCUUAGUGUAAGUGUAGCUCGGAUGCAUCUAGAUCCUAUGCUAGAGGCUGUAACAGAAGAAGGCAAAUCUGAUACGGAUGUUCAUGCUGAGGUUGGUAUGAGUGAUGCAGAUAAAAAGGGUGCCUUACAAGUUACUCAACCGAACGAGACAGAUAGAGGUGAAUGGAAACCUUAAGGUGAACAGCCUUUAGAGCCUGCAAGAAGUCGCCAUGGAAGAGAGAGAAGACAUCCGAAUCGUUAGAGUGAUUGCCAGUAACUCUUUCAUUAACUCGGACAUUUAACAAUAUUAGCUUGUACAUUGUUCAAAAUAAUGUUCUAACGGUUUUGUGACAUAUUUGGAUUGUAAGUUUUUUUAGUUUUGCAAGACUAUUGCUGACCGUUUACAAGAAUACCAGGCAGACUAGUCGUUGUUAACUGUUUUUUGGUUCUGAUCUUUCUGUUCACGUUAGCAUCAGAUUCUUCUAACACUUUUGGCAGUGGCCUUAAGGGAGGGGUUAGUGUAUCGGAAACUUACACCGUCUGUACCCCUUUUGGGGACGUAUUCCACUAGGAGUUUUAUAAAGUCGUUUUCCGUAUGUAAUUACAGUCAUGAACAUGGUUGUUUGUUGAACUGUUGCACCUUUCUGUGUUUACAAAAUGAGUUCGUCGAAGGUAAGCAAUAUGCGAGCCUCAGGCGUACUCAUUGUACCAGCAAUCCAGAAAGCAGUAUAUUCAUUUUACAAACCUUAGAGUCGUAACACGCCUGGCUAUCGCGAUUGAAAUUACUUUGCGCGCUGCGAUCUCGUGGUAAAAUUAAAGCGACUAUUGCGAAUAAAAUUUUAGCGGCCGUCACAGUACCGAUGUACGAGUCCGCGAGGGUCUUAAAAGAGUCAGGUUACGUUGAUUUAUAUCGCGUUAUCAAAGUAGAUGUUAUUUCUGCAGACUAUCUGGAAACGUACGCAGUUUCUUUUCAUCCUGAAACAAAAUACCUCAGUAUGGAUUCCCGGAUUCCCUUACGUGGGAAGAAACGUCAGCGACUCUAACAGUAACCGAGCUGCAAAUCGAGAACAGGCUGUUACAGUAACUAUCGAAUGUCAGGUUUGCGACUAUCAAAUGCAAGUAGGACAAUAAUUUGCUCGCUGGAAUUGCCAAGAAUUUCAUGGGUCGAGAAGAAAAUCAUUUCAUUCUCAGGAAUUCCCGGGCAUUUCUCAGAGAUUUUAGCCUGUUCCUUUUUUUAAUGUAAUUCUGGAGAAUUUCCAGGAUUUUUUCGAGAAAUUUUCUACGCUAGUACGGUUCUCGGUUGACCUGCACCGAUCCAAUACGGCUGGCCAUUAAGACUAUUAUUUAACACUGUGUUAAAUACAUCAUGCCUUUUAUGGUACCUAGCCUGGUUACAAGAAAUAGGAGAGGAAAAUAUUGAGUGCAACCGUUCACCUCUCCUCACCUAUCCUCUUCGUGCCUUGUGCCCUCCGUAGUCCUUUAUAAAGUGAAUUUUCUCUGCUUCUGGUUUCUGUUUUCACCUAGACUGUAACUAUUAAGUGAACCAAAUUUGACCUGGGUCUAAAAAACGUUGUUUUGUAAUUAAAGAAAAACAAGACGAAUUUUUAAUGAAUGCAAGAUAAUCUAUGAGACAUAUGUCACCUCAUUUUACGAAAAAAUAUUUCUUUGAUCUCACUAAACUAAGGCAAUUACAGAGCCCUGUGGAGCCGUGAUGCACCCUCCCAGGUUCUCCUCGGCGAAACUCGUGCCAUUAGAGGUUCAUUAUGGACUUAAAGGCACUUCUCAUGUUUUUGUUCCUUCCAAAAUAAGUUAUCGGAUUAACAGAGGAGAGAAUAGACGCCAUUGUUAAACUCCAAGGAAACAGAAUAGAGUAAACGCCUGGAUAUUGGUUUCGGAGUAACGCCACGGACAUAGCUGGUGAGAUAGAAGCGAACAGCAAGACGGUGACAAUGGACAUGUCAAGCGCUACUUUCUUCUCGCGCUGAAAAACUGUUGUCAUCUGAGACGGAAGAGCAACACUUAUCUGGGCGUUAUGACGACGGAUAAAGAACAGUACUCUCAUAUAAUUGACAGGAGGAAGUACCAUAAACAACGCACCACAAAUACGGACAAGAAUGAAGGUUAGCGGAGAGGACUGAACAGACCUAUAUAAGAUUGUCAACAGCAGCCAUAAAAUGCUCGAGAAGACCGCAAGUUUUAUCACUCCUGCAAAAGAGCAAUAAGUUAGUUUGGCUAGACUUGCUGAAGGGAUUAUUAGCAGAUAAACUAGAAACAGUCACCUUUGGAUGGAAUUUGCGAGAACCACUAGCCUGCGUAGCAGACGUAUCUAACCCCGAUUUGUAAUGCACCUAUCAAUGAUAUGCCGGCAAAGGGGGGGGGGGAGUGGGGGAGGCAGGGCAUGGGUGGGGAUUUGAUUGUCUUUGUUGGCCCUGGGGUAGGGCGUUUGACUGAUCUUUUUCUCCCAGGGGAGGGGAUAUUUGAAUCUUUCUUCGCCCGACGAGGAGAUAUUUGACUGCUGACUCGGACGAAAAAGACUGAGACCGAACAUAUGUUUCCCACUUCUAAGCUUCUGGAAAUCAUGGAGGCUAACGAGAACAAGCGGAAGCUGGGUGGAUUUUUCUUCAAAUUUCCUUUGUUUUAGCCUGUUUUUGAUCUUAUUGAACCUCUUAAGAUACUGUGGUAUCAAAGUAAACGGAAGUAAAGAGCAACCAAGUCGAUUUUUGCAAGUACAAUUGAUAAGCUUAUAAAACUGACUUUCUUUGUACCCUUUACUAAGAACGGUAUAUUUAAACUUACAAAAUGUGGACUUUCUCCUAAAGGUUUCUGUAUUCUACGCAGUGUAACACGGAUUAUGGUUAAAACGUAUAAUUGCAGCUGUAACAGGAACAUGUAUCUUUAGUGAUGCAGCAACGUAAUAUAAAUAAAGAUUGCAGAGUUUCAUUUGGGGAUAUUUUUAUUGUGCCUUUCUUGGGUCCAGCCUUGGGGUAUUUGACAGCGCAAUGUGCAGCCUGGGGUUGGGAAAUUUGGUUGCAUUUGACUGGAAUGAUUUGCCCGUGGGCAGAGAAUUUGACUGCAAAUGUUUGAAAAAUGUCAAAUCCCCACCCCAUGCCCUGCCUCCCCCCCGCCGGUUUUACAUUGAUAGGUGCAUAACGUUUGCGAACAGGCGCUGAUAUCUUUGUUCUGGGCCUCUACCAGACUCAAAGAAUGACCAGAAUAUACGUUUCGAAUUCUCCUUUAACCUGACUUGCAAAUCGACAAUGGCUUUUUUAACAGGCCAAUCAUGGCGCGUACUCAAAUCCUGGUACACAGGUGGGCGCCCAGAAAAAGGAUUUCGGCGCUGUUUUGCACUGAGACGGAUUAAGCUGAAGUUUAGUUUCGUCUUUGGCGCAGGCUAAGAAUCACUCGACUUUACGAUAAAUUUCCUGGUUUCUUUUGGGAUCACAGUUCUUCAAAAUUACAGAACUGAUGCGUGAACAAAAUGUCACGUAGAAGAAAAAGCAAGAAUUAAGCAAAACUUAGGCAAAGCAAAAAUUUUUAGGUCAAGAACGUUUGUGGCCAACAUUUAGACUAGCAGAGCUAGUCUUCUUUAGAACCUGAGUAGGACUAAAAAUUAUUUACUAUCACUGAGCUCGUAAAAUUGGAAAAGACGUUUUGCUAGCGAGGAUUUCCUGCUGUCUUUUUUCCUUGCAUUAAGUGUUUUUUAAAAAUCAAUCAGACUCCACGCUGGUGACAUUUUAUGAUGCAAUUUGAAAGGCUUCACGUCGUCCUUAAAAGAAAGAAGCGAUUUCAGCCUAUAAACGUUAUUUGUGAAAUUGCCUUGAUACUUGAAAAAAGCCUGCUUGUUAAACGGCAGUAUUAACAAGAGGCUCUGAUGAGUCCCUACAAAUCCUUCCUGGAUCAGGCGUCUGGGAAAGGGUGACCUCGUUCGGUGACGUCGCAGCUUUAACCGAGCUGGGAACCCUCAGGGACUGGGCUGGACUUUGAUCAUGACGCUAUGAUACAAGACAAAUUUAGAAGGAGUUGUAUAGAAUCAUCAUGAGUCAUUUAAGCUUAACGGUGUUUUAUCAUCUCACCUGAUUUAGACACCUCAGCAAUAUAUACCAAAGGUCUCGACAAGGCAAAAUGGCGAUCAAAACUGAUAAAAACAAUGUUGACGAAAGACAGGCCAACAGUAUAAAAGUAGAAAAAAUAAUACACAUCUAACACCAGAACUUGAUGUAGGCAUGACUGCUGGACUCUUUGAAGAAAAAGUCGCCAAACAACAAACAUGGGCUGACAAGUAACCCCGGUAAGGCAAUCUGCAAAGGCCAGGCUACACAGCAGGAUAUUACAUGGUUUCUGUAAAGAAGGGGUCUUGAUAAUUGUGAUAAUGACGGCUAGGUUACCAAGGAAAGCAAAUAUGGCAGACGGCCCAUUGACAGCGGCGAGAAGAAUGUUGUUUAUGAAAGUAGCCGUGUCGUUCCUCUGUAUUCCAAUCCAGCUUGGUAGUCCGCAAAUGAUUAUCUCAUUGGUAGCCAUUUCGUCUUCUGCAAAUUUCAUAGGCCGUUUUUCAAUAGAUUGAACACAAGAAUUACAAAUGCCCAAAUAUCAGGCCAUUUGUAAGUUAUGCGCUAAUUGUCCUUCCGUUAAGUGAAAGCGAGGUUGAAGGAGACCUUAUGCAUAUAAAUGGCUCUGAGGUUUCUAUCAAAACAAAGCCACUGCUAGCCUCGCUUCCACUCAGAGGCCAGGUUACUUCGCAUACAACUGUUCAUACGUGGCUUUACAGCAGCAGGCGACGCAUGAUGCCCUGGGCCUAGUUGUUCAAAGGCCGACUAGCGCUCAACCCAGGGUUAAAUUUAACCGGAGAUUUUUCUUCUUUCGUUCAAAAGCAUUUUCUCCGAUAAUUUUCUCCGUUAUUUCUGAGAGCAUCCAAUAAUCAACUUGUUGACAGAAAGAAUUAAACUGAAUUUACUUUUUAAGCAUUUUAAUCUGAUUUCAAAUUUCGCAGUAGCCCUGGGUUAUCUUAACCCAGCUUUGAACAACCCGGCCCUGAUGUGAAAUAUUUUUCAUCAGUUUUCAUAAACUGUUCGCAGCCCUUUUAUUUCCUUAACGCAAUCUGAAACAAGGCCUUAUGCUAACAAACUUUGUGCUAUGGCCAGCAAUGCGCACAAACAUAUCACCCCGGCAGCUGUUUCGUCUUAAGUUGUUAGAACUCAUCAUCAUAACUCAUCACAAGUUGUUAGAACUUAUCAUCUUCUUGUCAUUUAAAUCAGACAAAAUAGGUUGAGAAAUCGUAACAAGUAUUUUAAGCUGGCUUUUUAUAAAACGUACUUAGCGGAAUUUGCAGCCAGUCGAGUGGAGAAGGCCCAAAAGGUCGGUUUAUUGCGUCCGAUAUUCCCGAAAAUCACACUAACGAAAAGGAAAGGAAAAAUAGAAAGAGCUAGGAGAAAAAAAAUGGAGAAGAGGAAAAAGCAAUGGUUGCACUCUUACUUUUAUAGUGUUUUUUUGGCUCCUUUGUUUUGAACGAAAUAAACUGUUGAUGAAAGAGGUCUAUUCGACGAUUAUGUUUUUAAAAACCCAGCUAGAUUUACUUUAGAGAAUAUUUAUUGUUAAUGCAAUAGAUAUUUUAGACAUCUUACAAUCUACUGCCAAUUCCUCCCACCGCCCCCUUCCCCCCAAAAAGUAAACUUUAUUUUUUCUGUUAUUUGAUAAACCUGUAAUGAAAAAAUAAUGAUGAAUACUGAGAAAGUAAGGAAUAAAAUCACAAUUACCGGUCCUUUCCCUUAGAAGUCCGAUGAAUUAAAAUCACUUAUAUUACAUUGCGAAGCACAAAUUUUAAAAAUAUUCACUGCCGAUGAAGUCUUCAGAAUAUGUAGUGUUUCUCGCCUUCAUAAACGUCUUUUUCUCUUUUUUAAUAUGAAGAAAAUUUUAGUGCAGUAUUUCCCUUCUAGAUGUUUUUUUUAACUGUCUGUUUCUUUAUGAGUUCCAAAGGAGAUUACAAAAACGAUUUUCUACUUUUCGUAUUUAAUGAAUUACUAACAGUCUUUGCCUGCAAAGCUACCAUCGAAAACUUCGGGGAGUGAUGAGAGGCGCUAGCUGCAGUAUUCGCAGAUAAUCUCAGUUUUAAUGGCGUACCGAGAAAUUUUAAAAAUUCAAAAAUAAAAAAAAAGUGUCUUGAAAACCAAAAGAAUAAAAUCCGACUCUGAAUGAACAUGACAAAUAUGGAUUUAAUGAUAUUUUAAAUUCCACUAAUCGCAGCAGAGUAUUAAACACUAUUUUCUUUAAGUACACCUGUAGCUUUAUGGACGUCCUAAAUGAAAGUAAUCUUCAGUUGACAACUUAAGGUUAUAUUGACUAUAUAUCGGAUAUCUUUUAAUUUCACGCCGACACGAAAAAUCAUCCAGUAUAGUUAACAUCAAUCCGAUGAUAUGUGAGUCUCCACUUUAGACGGCGCGGCGCAGCUAGCCCUUCGCUCUGUUAAAGAAAUCGCGCCGAAAUCACUGUUCUGAUGUGUGAACAGAAUUGCCCAAUCCGGUAUAGUUUUCAUACAAAGCCUAAGAUUGUCGUUUGCAUGUGCUCUUAAAAGGCACAUGACAAUAUACUUCAAAUGAAUGGAACUCUACUGAUACUCCGAGGAUUUUCUAAAAGUAGCUAUACUUACAUGCCUAGGUGCGGAUAGGAAGAAGUGGAACGAUUCAUCAAAGCUUCGGGCUGAUAUGUUAACGUUUCACAGUGAAUCAUUUGGAGGGAUACUUUAACGCAAACUCCAUUGAUCGUGGUUCCUCUUCGCAUGUUAUAAAACGAAUUGAUGGAUUUCUUUUGUUAUUUGAGUCUAUAUUGUACUUCAGCGAGUGCCUCAUAGUUCUAGCUUCUAUGCCUCUUCUUGUACCACCCUUUUUUUACUUGACAGUUGUAAUUAAAAUGUAAUUUUAAGAAUUACUUAAAAGACUAAAUAAAUAUAAAAUAUUUCGUACCUGGUAGAGUAGAGUACUAAAGGUGAUGACUAAAAAUCUGCAGCUCGUUAGAAGAGAAAUCCUUUCCUUCAGCAGAUCGUUACAGUUUAGGGACCAUCAACAAACUUGCUGAUUUAAAAGAUUUCUAACUAAUACUGCUCUUUUACUGCCAUUAAAGUAGCGAAUUUUUGUUCUAUUAAAACACUGCUUUUCUGUGGCCAAUCAGCUUUUAAUCACUGAUAUUUCGCCUAACUCUGCUAAAACGCGUAAUGUAUUCUUUUAUUGUGGAUUAUUCUUUAUGCUCAUUAAUGAACUUCCUUGGAAAUAGAUGUUGAAUUUUGAGAUGACAGGUGAUACUAAAUUGAUUUUCUUCGAGGAAAAAAUUGCGUAGGAUGUAUUGUUAAUGGAGAGAAGAAGUCGCUACGUCACGUUUCCAUGAUAGCAAAAUAUCUGGAUGACAACAAACCGAAAAUUCAGUUAAAAAGUGAAUUCGCACUGUUUCAAACUUAUUCGAUCUUAUUCAAUUUCAUUUAAUUUGUCAAAUGUUGGCGAAAUUUUCUGGGGUCGAAUCCGAAAGGAACGUGUUUAAAAUUUUUGUGUUGGGUUUGUCCACGCCAUAAAACAAGCGUGUGAAAUUAGGAAGUUUCAUGUCGCAGUCGUGCAACAGCGGUUAAGAAAUGAACAAAAAAGCGUGAUGCACGUGCAAAGUUGUUGUUUUGCUAACUUCAACUUAUUGCUUUUUAACUGUUCUCGUUGCCGUCACCGUCGUCGUUGCUUUAUCUCCCUGUUGUUGUGAUCCAGAAAGUUUGCAACCAUGGUAACGUGACGUCACCCUUCUCCUCUCUAUGUUCCAAUUAAGCAAAAUGUCAGGUCAAUUUGUGACUCAACACGCACACGUUGCUGUCUGCGCAGAUUUGUGGGAUCAAACAGCACCUUUCAAUUCAUUCCGUAUCACAUUUUAAUCCUUCUCAGGUGGCAGACCAGUCUUAUUUAAGCAAACAAAGUAGAUUGAGAACAUUUACUUAAGAGAAAGUAUGACUGCUAAAGGAGACAUUGUGUACAUACACAGCGACAUCUUGGCGAUGUACGGACCUCCACUAUCGCCCCCCUUCUUUCGUUGUUGUAAUGCCUGUAUAUCUAAAACUACCUUUCAGGCGCGCUAUAAAUAGCGAGAAAAAAAUGAUAAGCACUUUAAAAUGUUCUGAGAAAGUAGAGAUUAAAAUCACAAUUACCUCCUCUUCCUUAAAAAUGCGAUGACUUAAAAUCACUCGCUACAAGAAUAAAUUUUAUGAAUAAUAUACUCACUGGCCGGCGACGAAGAUCUAGUAUUUCUCGCCUUUAUAUAUGUUGAAGGAAUCAGUCCAAGGUCAAACACACACCCAGGACGAUUCCAUUUGUGCCAAACUCAUUUUUGGAACUAACAGUAUUUUUUGACUAGACAUUACGUUAGUUGAACGUCGAAACGUCGUCUUUUAAUUUUUUAAUGUCAGUAUUUUACAUUUAGAUAAUUAUCUUAAGUGUCGGUCUAGUUAGAAGUUCCAAAUAAAACCAUUAAAACAAUUUUCUACUUCGUAUUCACUGAAUUACUCCCGGUCCAUGCUUGCGAAUCGCGAAUACACGGGAAGGGGGGUACUCCUGGGAACUCUGGUGGGUUGUGCCGCCUGCUCUUCCAAAUCCUGACGUUAUUUCAGACCAAAAGAUGUCAUUUUCCUCACCCGUUUUCAGACCAGACCUCUAAAAUCUGCACCCGUUUUCAGACCUGGCCUUUAGUCAGAAAUUAUGUCAUAAUUGCUCAGAUUAGAGCGCAAACAAAAAAAUUCUUCAAAUGCAUCGUUCUUAUUCAUUUGGAAUUGAAACGAUAAAUAUUUCAUAAUUAUGCUCCUGUAGUUCGAAAACCAUACCCGAUUUCAGACCAAAAUGGGCAAGUGUAUACCCGUUUUCAGACCAAUAAGGCCCAAAUACCAUACCCUUUGGGGCGGCACAUAUCUGUAUGGUUUAUAUAAUUUAGUACCCCUACCCCCCCUUCCUGGCGGAAUACAGCUGCGGAACCGUCCCAGCGACAGGGAACGAUGAGAGGCACAAGCUGCAGUAUUCGCAGAUACUCUCAGUCUUAAUGCCACACUGAGAUAUUCAACAAUCCAAUUUUCAGAAAAUAUCUUGAAAUCAAAAGAAACAAUCUGACUGAAUAAACAUGACUUGUGGAUAUAAUGAUAUUUGCAAUUCCAGUAAUCACAGCGAAGUAUUAAGCAUUACUUUCUUUACGUACACCUGUAGCUUUAUGAACGUCCCAAAUUAAAAUUAUUUUCAGUUGACAACUUAUAGUAAGUUUAGGAGAACGUAAAUUCACUUUUUAGGCCAAUGUUUUCGUCGCCAUCGCCGUCAUUGUGGCUUAAAAUCCCUGUUAAUAACUCAAAAACCAUUGAUUAUGGCUCUCCUCGGCAUAUUAGAAAACACAUUGAUGGAUUUCUUUUGCUGUUUGAGGCCAGAUAUUGUACGCGGCCUCAGCGUCAACUGCCCUUCACAGUUUAAUAAGAGUAGUUAACGCAAGAACUGUGGAGGGUUCACCUGGUUCCUGGACGGCUUUUUAAAAUGCAGUUGUAAAAUUUCAAGUUUAAGAACUACUUGAUACUAGACUAAAUAAAUAGAAAUUAUUUUGUUCCUGGUACACUGAGAAGAGUUCUAAAGCUAAUUACUUUCGAUCGGCAGCCUUUAAAAAUCAUUUUCCUCAGAGGAUUGUUAAAGUUUUAUGAACAUCAACAAACUUUCUGAUUUAAAAGAUUAUUUUUGCCACUUAACUUUAAAAUGGCGAAUUUUCAUUAAAAGUGUGCUUUCCCGUGACCAAUCAGGCUUUAGUACCACUGAAAUUCGAAUUCCGUUUAACUCUGCCUGAACACCUAAUAUAUUCGUUUAAUUCUUUUAUUGUGGAGGAUUGUUUUCGGUCCUCUUUAAUGUUCUUCCUGGGAUUAGAUACACAUAUGCUGAAUUCUGAGAUGCCAGGUGAUAAAUUUCUCCGAAAGGCAAAUUGCUUAGAAUGCAUUGUAUGUUCCAGUUAAGUAUAAUUUCGGGUGAAUUUGUGAUUUAACACCCACAUUGCUGUCUACUCAAUUUCCUCUCUUCUUAUUAGAGAACGUUAGAACAUUUUAACCUGAAAUCAUUGUAGAAUUUUACUACGCGAUUGAUAUGUUGAAAGAUUUUUUUAGACACAAAAUAUACUGAGAUGUUUAGAAAAAAGAGAAACAAUUUAAAGUUCAUAAUUUGUUUAUACGUAAUACACCCUUUUUACCUCUGCGAAAACUAACAUUGAAUCAUCAGGAUCAAGUUCUAGGUGUAUUUCACAUUAUUUAUGUCACUCUUGACUGAUAAAAUUUGACCAUUACAUAUUUCUGAACUAUUUACAUAAUAAAAAAACAACAACAAUAACAACUUGAUUAUUAAAAAAAAACAGAGUUAAUUCCUCACGAAACCGAAGAGAGCCUAUUGCUUGUUACAGAUUGAGGUAAAUUAAAGGUGCAUUGAACCUGUGAUAUAUAUAAAUGAACAAUUUUAGUUAAAAUUAAUAGAAAAUAACCGAUAUAAAUGAUGACUGACUCGGAAGUUUCCGCACUGAUGAUGACUAAUAACCCAUAGGUACGAAAAAGAAAACGCUCAGGUUUUGAUCGAUCACUAAUAACCCAUACGUAGGAAAACGAAAAUGCUCAGGUUUUGAUCUAGGUGGCUGAACACAGUUUCUCUAGAACUGCUUUUUGUCUUUACUGUGCAUGUCAACAUCUUUAUCAGGAAGAGAUAUGCAGGCGAUAUUAAGCUUUUAAAGAAAAAGGUUCGAGAAAAAGCUGAAAAAAAAAUACUUCGAAGUUUUGCAGUAGAAAUUUAUUCUGUUUUAGUCACCUUUGACAUAUUACGUGAUCUCAGUAAGCGCACAAGUGUUGAGCAUGCGUACUUAGGGAGCAAUCUGAGUGCAGCUUGUUUUGCUGACUUUCAUAGGUAAUGUCUGAACAACCAACAAUAUCUUAAAAUCUACUUACUAAAUUUGACGAAAUUUGGCAAUCCCGUUUAUAUCAUUUCAGUCGAUGAAAGCCUCAAAAUAAAUUUUAAACAAAGGAGUUUUGUACCACAUCAAGUUUCUCAUGAAAGCAAUUUUCUUAAAAAUGUCAAAAACUGUUCAUAACAAAUUGGUUAGGUCGUUACUAAUUGUAAGCCGUGUGCAAAGUCAUAAGAAAAUCUAAUGUCCGGAAAUUCGUAUACCAAGAACUAAUACAUUCAAAAUUUCGGCUUACAUUCAAUCCGUCAUGUUGCCAUGGAAACGAACUUAAUCUCACUUUUAACCUAAUAAAUGUCAUGUCUUAUAGAUAUAUAUUGUCCGAGCCAAAUUUGAGCUUUAUACCUGCAACGAGUGUUAAGUAACACCCCAAGUAAUGGUAACGAUCCCCAACCUAUCAAACUGUGUUUAACUCACCUUCGUUGUUCUCGCUCAUUAUCAAGACGUCGUACUUGCACAAGCGAAGUUUCGGUGGCUUUUCGGUAGCAAGGUUUUGAGAGUGGAAAGCCGAACUGAAACAUAUUCUGCGACAGUAUGGGCAAUCUGUUCCAGGAUCCAAGAUAGUAAGAAAAGCGCACCGAGAAAAGUUGCGUGAAAACCGCAGGGAGCUGGAGAGAGACGGGUAAGUGGAGCCUGUAUGUAUUGUUUCCAAUACCUCAUUCUAGAUAUACCCUAUGAUUGGUCAAUUUUGACAGUUUUACGUUAACCACAUUAAUCUUUUGGCUUCGCGCACCCAGAGACAAAGAAAACACUUAGCGAGCGUGUGAAACCUUCUCACACGGCACAUUCUGACAUUUUAACAUUUGUCAUUCUGAAACGAGAAACGGUUUUUCCGGAAGUGGACGGGGUAGUGUGCGGACUGUAGUAUUUGUAAAGAUGCUUACAGGUUCUUCCCACUGUUUUUUCGUUCACUCUUUUUUUCACUGCUGACGCGCAAGCUUUUUCUGCCCGUCUGCAAUGACCGAGAGCCUGCUGGCAUAGGCUAGUGUCCCAAAACCCUCAGUGAUAUCGAGGUCUUCAGUUUACGUCGUCAUGAAGAGUGGAAUUGGAUAAAUCACUAGUCAUGCGAUGCUUUCUCAUGGUAUACCGUAAAUAUCCCACUUGUGACUUGAUUUUUCGUUGCAUCGUACACUCGCCUAAAGGCUCUUGUGUCACUCCUGGGAUAUUUCUUGUUAUAAAUCGAUGGCCUUUGUAAAAACACUGGAACUGCUGCUCUUAAGUUGGUUGCAGAUUGUGCCACUCGAUCAGUUUUUAGCUUGCAUAGCCCGUUACGCCUUUUUCCCUUUUUCUCCAGGCUGAAAGUCAAACAAAAUGGCUCAUAUUAAACACUUUGUAAUAUUCUUUUCCAUAGUUGACAGAUAUAACUGCGUAAACACUGCAUUCAAGUCUCUGUAAGAAUAUAUCCCUGGUAUAAUAAUAUCGCGCGAAAUUUAAUCGGUGGGUUAUAAUUCAACAGAAUUUCGGUCAGUUCAACCUUUCCUUACAGCUGGGCCUCAUUAGUUUUUGUACCUUUUCUUUUUAUGAUUUCCUCAGUGUCGUGCAUCCACCGCAAUAAAGCUACAAUCGGCGACAAUUUAGAUGAGACACUUCCCCCUAAAGGGGCUUUCUGACGUUUUACUGGCUUCAAAAGGGGAAAAUAAACCUUUCCCUCCCUUAUCCCCUCCAUUCAAUGUUGUGUCGCUGUUCGAGCUACCUAUAGAAAGCAACAAACACCCCAAGUUUGAAUGGAGGGGAGGAGGAAGGGGUGUGGACUCUUUUGUUCUAUGCAGUUAGCCUAUUUGAGUACAAUGUCUAACAAUUUUGUCGCCGAUUGUAGUUUUGAUAACAGUUCCUUCAGCUGCUCAAGAUUUUUCUGUGUUUCAUUAGCCUUACUUUCUACUCUAGCCCUCGCAGUUACCAAUAAUUCAGAUAUAUCUUCAGCAUACCUCUUGAGGAAUGUUUUUCGGUACUCGGUAUGACGGAUUGCAAGUUGGUCUUGGGUUAUUUUAUGAAAGUCCGGAGUUAAACUUUUUAAGACAAUUUAGAUUACGUCAACGAAGUGUCACUGUUCCUUAAUUGCUUGUACACUAUCAUGAAAAUUCAAGGUUUAAAGGUGUUAGGGACGCCUAAAAAUUGGUGUUAAUGCUUUUUAAAAUUCUUGUGGGAUUGCAGCAAAACACUUUUCAUCACGAAACAAGCCACUUAAGGUAAAAUACCAAUUUUCAUAGUGAUUUAUAAUGUUCACGCAAAGAAUCUGUCGUCUUCCCCUAUUGGCACAGUAUCUAUGACCAGAAAUUAUAAAGGACAGUUUCUGUCAAUGAGGUGAGAACAAUUAGCGUUUGAAAUUGAAAUCUACGUACAAAAACAUAGUAAGCGGAAAAAAAAAGCUUUUUUAACUGCAAUUUAUUGUAUGAUAAAUGGCAUUUGUAGAAAAUGCACACCUUUUUCAUCUUUUCACCCUUUUAAUUUUUUGGAUAAAAUAUAGUGUUUUGAUAGGAAAGCAUCAAAAUAAGAUAAAUAUUUCAUGCUAAGUUGAUAGAAUGUUCGAGUUGUUACUUAAAGUGUUAAGUUCGUUAAUUAACGCAAUGUUCUGUGCGUUUUUGUCUGAAUGGUGAAGGAUAUCUGCUAGAGACAAUUCUAUCUUAAAGUAAUUAUUACAGCUUAAGUAUUUGUUUUCUGUCCUCCAUCGUUUAGUUAGAGGUCUUGUCGUCUUGAUGAGAGUAUCUUUUCAGACAUGCCCUAAUAGGUAAAACUGGUGAUAAUGGUGAUAAAAGUUUUCUUUGCUGCUAUCGUGUCUUUGGAAUUUCUUCAACCAGGUAAAAAUAUUUUACAAAAAAGUAGAAAGUGCUGUCUACAGAGUAUUCACAGAUAUUUCUUUGAGCUUCAUUAAAUAGCAAAAUCCGUGUUUGUUUAAUUCAGGCCAGCCUAAGCUACAGAGAUUUCAUGUCUUCUGAACUGUUUCGAGGAUUUUCCAUUUGAGAUAAAAGAAAAAAAAUCGGAAAAUUUGAAAGCUUAUCCAAAAAAUUCAACCUUCCGGUCUUUCCAUACUUAACAAACAGGGUUAAUCUUUUGUAUUUGUUUACCAAUCUUAUAUAUAUAUAACUUUUGCCUUUCAAGAGUACUCGGCGUAUAUCAACGAAAGCCCUCCGAUCUUCUCAACUUAACUAGAAACGGAUCGGAAGGGUUUCUGCUCCCAGGAUACCUUAAGGGGGGAUUACAGUUAAACGCCUUGCUUGUAUUAUAGGUGAACACUUUUCCUUGAAAAUGAUGCCAAAACCUCGUUAUUCGAUUUUAAAAAUAAAUCACUCAUCCUGAAGUUCUUGGAACCAUGAAUUUUGAGAAGUCUUUGGUGAUUAUUAGAAUAUUUGUAAUCAAUAAAAGUUUGAAGAGCAAAUGUUAAAAGUUAUGGAAAAAUGAGAAAAUAUUGGAUUUAAGGGUAGUUAAGAAUUAAAAUUUGAAGUGAAUAAUUACUAGACAAAGAUCAGACAGCCCGCCAUCACAACAAGGUCGCCCUGAGCCAAUUAGCGGACUAACUGGUUUACGUGUAUACCCUCUUCCAUUCUUCUUUCUUGCAUUCUCAAUUCAACCCCAACUCCCCCAAAAUUCAACUGUAACCCCCCCCUUAAACACUUCUGGAUUAUUUCGAGAGAAGUACCAUUCCCCUAGUUUGUGUGUUUUCGUUUUACUUUUAAGGGAACAGUAUUCGGGCCUUAGUUCAGUUCUUCUAACAAAUGUAUUUUUUUCCCAAACUGAUGACAAAUAAUUCACUUUCAUGGAAUUAUACAUGUUUUCUUUCUUUCGUUUCUUCUAGCUCUCUGCAAUAUUCAUCAAAUUAAACGGCGAUCCAACCAGGUAAGAAGCUCCAUUCCAGGACAUGUAUUUCUUAUGGCAUAUCGCAAGCUCCUAAUUUGCUUAGUUAGCAAUUAAUUAUGCAAUAUUAUUUCUAAGGUUUAUAAGGUAUACAGAGAUAUGAAGUUUGUGAUCUGUUGUAAAUUAUAAGGGAUCAACUAAUCCACACAUAUGAGAACAAUACAAAAUGUUCGAAAAACCACAAUCAGACAUCAAUAAUACAGGGAUAGUAUUGAUUUCGAAUCGUUCGGUCUGAUUGGCUUGGAAUAUGUGUUCACGUCAAUUUUAACGGUGAUUAGACUUUGUCAAUUCUUUUUUAAAAAUUAAUGUAGUGCUUGCUUAAUUCUUUUUUUGGGUGAGGACGAUAAUUUUCAUACCUGAACAAAGUACGAGGAUUAACUAUCCUGAAAAUGUCUACCACUUACACAAUUAAAAAUAAAGAAAAAAAGUUCUGUUUUGUUACUGAGAUUUAGAAAAGGAUUUGAUAUUAAUGUAACAUUUCUUCUUCUUCCAAUAUUCAUCUGAAGUAUCCGACAGUUCAAAUUUGACAGACUAUAAAUAAUUGUUACGUUGUUCCGGAACUAACGCAGGAACUGAUCAUGAUUCGCAGGAAGCCUUAAAUGAGAGUAUGAGGCUAUGUUGACACUAUUCUUCGCUUGCAACCACGUGACAAGGCGGUCAUGUUGGUGGUGUGUAGGUGGUCAAAACAAUAGAGCUAUUCCUAGAAGAAUUUACAUGAAAAUAGGAUUUAUUUCCCAGAGGAGACAAAUGCUUUUGUUCUUAACCCUAACACACUACCAACAAGGCCGCUCUGACGUCACGUGCAAACCAGCAAUACCGGAUAACUUUUCGUGCCGACACGAGAGAAAGAGAGACGGUUUUGUUUUUGUAAACCAAGGUGAAUGCAGUGGGGGCCGCUGCAAAACAGCAAUACUAUUAUAUUGUUUUAGCCUUGAAUUUCUGAUUUUAAACUCGCGUAGAGUAAACGUUUUUAUCAUAUGCCCCGUACGGUCCCGCGCGAAAUAUCGUCGAAACCCAUUUCUCAAUCUCUUGCUCAAACUCAUUAAUAAUUCAUACAAAAAUUGAAAAGGAAAUUUUCAAACGUUCAAUGAGGGUUUGGAAAUCAGAUGAUUAACUGCUCAGUGUUGCAUCCUUAAUUUCUAUUUCUAAAAUCAUUUUGUGAGAGAAGUAAUAUCAAGCAUUCGACACAGUGUUUCAUCAUCAGAUGAAACACCUAGAAUUUCGUCAAAAAUACUCCGCUGCGAGUCGUAUUUUCAACUCUCUUCUCAGUGUAUCAUCACCGUCUCAUAAAAGAGGGCCGUACGCGUCAAGUGAUAAGGUCGGAAAAACGCUCAAGGCCCUGCUUGAAAAAUGGGCGCGAAACGAGGCAAAUGCUGCACGGACGCUUUUUGACUCCGUCAGAAAAAUUCAAAAAUACAGUGGUCAUAUGAUAAAAUGCUUACUGACUCAAUCUUAUUCACCUGAUGUUUAUUUAUUUAUUUACUGUCUGUCGCCUAAUACCGAACAUUUUAGACCGCUCUAAAAUAAUGACAAAAGUAUAGUUAAAAAGCAAUAGCAAUAACAGUAACAAAAACACCGAAUAAUAAAAAGUCAGAGAUGUUAAAAAUUGCGUUUUUUAAUGCAGCUAGUGAAGUGGAUAAUACAAUUUCUCUUGGGAGUUUGUUCCAUUCUAAGGGUGGAUUUAUUUGCAACAUACGCGUAUAGCUGUCACAUUUUCCCGCUGGAAUUGUUUAUUGUCUUUAGGCCUAAAUUCAAUGAAAAAUUCCAUUUGGCAAAUGCGACAGUGGUACGCGUAUGUUGCAAAUAAAUCCACUAAAAUUGUCCUUGGAUAGUAGAGGUCACGAUUACAGGUCACUAUUUUAUUUAACAAUUAAUGAAUGAGGCUGAGUAUCUUGUGAACAAUUAUGGAGAUCGAGGAGGGUAUUAUCCGUGAGGCCAUAGGCCGAGGGGGAUAGCACCGUCCGAGUUCAUCUUUGAAAGUGCACGUUUAGGGUUGUUCAGCUCCUAAAAUAUUCUCCAAAUAGGAGAUUUCGCCUCUUCGAGUUGUCUUCUUGCUGUUCUUGCCAUGUUUUUAGCUAUUAUUUCGCCUAGUUCUUACUCUUGAAACCAUAAAAUGUCCGCCAUUUUUUUUUUCACAACCAAAAGAACUCAACCUCAUUCCCAGGUCUUCCAGGUUAACGGUGCAUUAACCUGCAAGAAAGAUGCACUUUUGACGUCAUCAGUUCAUUAAACGCAAAAUUCUUCCAAAUUUGGUCACCAGUAGCUGGUUAUGGUGAAUUGUGGGUGUGCUUUUGGCCAAUCAGAAUCGGGGAAAUAUUUUGAAUGAAUAAUAAUGAUAGUUAAGUAAACCAAGUAAUUUCCCCUCGAUCAAGAACUGGAUAAGGAUUAGGGCUAGGAGACACCUCUGGUCUUGUUUAUUUAUCUGUAGCACGGUCACCUGUAUUCUGACCUGUGGAAUGUUACCUGUAAAAACUACCUGCCUCUUGGAUAGAAGAAGUACACUUAAAAUAAUCCCUUGUGGCCAUCGGCUGCUUGCCGUUUGUAGUGCUUGGGUUCGCAUGAAACACUUUUGUGUUAAUGUCCAUUUUAGGGUGAUCCUCGUCUACAGUUGACAGCAACCCAUUUCCUUAACAACAGCUUCGGUAUAACACAUGGGUAAGAAACAAAAAAAUUUGCAUAGAGGUAGAGUCGACUCUCUCUUAAUGGACACCGCUAUAAGACGGACACCUCUGUAAAACUGACACCUAGAGUUGGUCCCUCGCCUUUCUUUACACCCUUUAUUUGACUCUCUAUAAGACGGACAUCUCUCUAAGACGGACACUUAGUACCGGCUCCAGGGGUGUCCGACUUAGCGAGAGUUGACUGUAUUACAUACUUACAUCAAUAAUGUUAUUUCGAAUUAGAUAAAGGAAGAGCUCCGAGCGCACCCUCUUUUUAAAAAUAUUUGUCAGUCUGGUCAAAUGUAUUGUACAGUAUCCUUGUCUUUCCGCACUACCAACCAUUAUUUUUUGGCCUAUGAUUUCACGCAUCAACAAUUUAUAAUCUUUCUAUACACUGUAUAAGCUUGCUGAAGAUCGCGGUGUAGCGUGAGCGCCGUACCAUUUCAACUAUUGCAGCUCUCUUUUAUUGCUACUAAACGCUAUCAAAAAGUGAAAGAAGACGUGACAUUGUUUUACUGACAUGUGUUUGGCUUUAAAUGCUUCUGUUUAUAUACAUCACCUCCGACUUCUUCAAUCUCAAAAUGAUCGAAUUGUUUUUUAUGGUAAUCACAAGCCCUAAUUCAGUCUGAAUUGAUGUCGCUGGACUAUUAUGACUAAACUCAUUAGCCUAGAUUAUUUAUUAUGUAGCUUGAUUUCUUUUCUCAGAUCUGAGUAUGAGUACACGUUCUUGGUAAAACACUCCCCAGAUUCUCAGGCAGACGCACGUGGCGUUCACGUGACUUGGAUGCUGACGCCUUUCGUAAAGAUCAGCAAGGUUACAUCGUCCUCGCUUGUAGGAUCUUAUAGGGUGGAACAAAAAGAUGAUAGUGUGACAUUCAAGGCAGGUUGAUUUUACAUUUUGGUGAACUGACAACGACAACAAAUUCGUUUUAAUCGUUACAUUAUCUAAUCGUACAGCCGUACAGGGUGGAAAUUCCUUAAACAUGAUUAGGGGAUACUUCUUUUGGUUUGUUUUGCGAGUUACGCAAGAUAAUUCCGUUUGUUUUCCCGGCGUAAGUUUUAAAACUUUCAGUAAAUAAAGCUGACUGUAAAGUAUUGACUCCAUGCGCUUGCGCAGAAGGGAGUCUCGCUAUUAGUGCUACCCAAUAAAGCCAUAAGUAACAAAUCUUUUGUUAAAAAUUUCAGAUCGACCAGACACCGUUGGAAAGCGAAGCACAUUUAAACUUCAGUGUCAUUUUCGACGGUGAACACUCCUUGAAGACUGGCUUACAUAAUAUAGUGACCCCUGUACAAUUGUUGUAUUACAAGGAAUACGACGACGAUCAAGAUGGACACGUGAUAUCAAAAGGAGUUGCUUUCUCCAGUCCUUUGCAGACAGUUGCUAUUAAGGUCGAAAUCCCAGGUAAAAUUCUAAUUGCGGUAAGCCCAAAUUGUUAAGCGAAGAUAAGCUUGUUAAAAUUUACUAAUUGGUCGGAAUUCAUUGAGUAAAAGGUUGCCAGGGCUUUUCCUUUGGAAAUUGAAAAGGUUCCUGAAAACAACUCGUUAUCCGGACGCGUUUUUCUGACACAAAGGCACCUGUUGGUCACUGUUUUUCCAGUUUCGUGCUAUGCAUAAAUUCAUGUUUUGCGCAAAAAACUCCUUUUAAUUAUAAAGGGUAGGACUGCCAGCAAUGACAGAUGGAAUCAACAACGAGUCCAGCGCUUAAAGUACAGAUUAAACUUGUUUAAGAACCAAGGAAUCUCUUAGUGCGGACGUUUGGAAACACGACGACUGUCGCGGGAGAACGAAAAGUAAAUAUACAUUGAAAGUCAAACUCGUUAGCUUUUAGUAUAUACUAAAUAAAACAGUGGAUAGUGUUUUUAAAAAAAGAUUAAUAAAAAAUAAUUCCAUUAUUUACCCUUGGCAGUAUUUAUAGCAUUAACGCUAGUGGGGCCGUGCAAAUGACAGUCUUAUAAACAGGAGCCACGCGAGGCUCUGCGACACACGUAUUUCUAGUAAAUAGUUGAAGGGGAAUCAAAGGUAAAAUACUCUUUGGGCUUGGACUGAGUGUAAGACUUCACCAAUUAAACGCGUGUUGGUUUAAUUUUAGGAUGUUCAGCUGCUCUUGGAAUGGCGUCUGGUGAAAUAAAAGAUUAUCAAAUUACGGCGUCAUCCAGUUAUUCGGAGACACAGCCAAAUCAAGCCCGACCAAGUAAGAUUGACUCUCUCUCCCUCCUUCUCAGUCCUUCUCCGGAAAGCUUUGCUGGGGUGACCGUAUAUUAGACGGUUUAAAAUAUUAUCAUCUGAAAAAUUAGGAAUGACAUCAGUUGGCGUAUGGGGAAGAGGGAACUUGUUUCCAUCUUGUGCCAAUACGAAUUUUAAAAUACGAAAAUACUGAGUCCUGCCUAUGUGUCUUUCCAGGUAGUGUUCACUGCACAGUAAAAGGCAGUUACCCUUACAUUGAACAAAAUUUAUGAAAUCAACAAUUUCAAAUUUCCCACAAUCAUACACUUGCUUGCCCCCACCUCGCCCCACCCCUUAAUAUUUUUGGAUAAGCAACGUUUUCAAGUUUAUUUUGGGACCAGGAGAAAAUGGAAAAGUUUCAUGCUUGAGGAAAAGUUUGGGAGGCAAACAAAGUGUAUUAAGGGCAGUUCAAAAAGAUAUACAUUAAAAUGUGCAAAUGGUAUAGCAUGAAGGCGUGACAGCAAUUCUAUUGGUUACAAUAAACAGAAAUUAAAACUGGAGCAAUUAAUCACGUCUCCAGCAUGGCAUCAAUUUAAUCAUAUUAUGACUGGCGUAAGUAAGGGAUUCUCAUUUUAAUCGGUGGAUUUUCUUACUAUCAAAGGUGAAGAAAAUGAUGCGUGGUGCGCGUUUAUUACCGACACGCAGCAGUACAUUCAGCUGGAUUUCACGAGGAACACACGCGUGACACGCAUCGUUACUUAUGGAAGAAGUCAGAAGUCACAUUGGGUAAAGCGUUACAUAAUGCAAUUCAGUAGUGAUGACGUUGUAUGGCAUAAUUAUACAGAGAACGGGUUUGUUAAGGUAAGGAAAAGUCAGAGCUUUGUAUUUCGAAGAACGCCCUCCCCCACGAUCCAAAUGUAUUGUUAAACAUGGAUGAAAACACUUUUAAUCUCGCUUGUAGGAAUUUGUUGGAAACUCAGACAGGUCAACCCCAGUCUCCCAUCAGCUUACCAAUGAAAUCGAGGCUUAUAGUCUCCGCGUGAGACCGCUGGACUGGGAGAGAUUGAUUUGCAUGCGCUUUGAGGUGUUUGGAUGCUUGGCUGAAGGCCCUGGUAUGUUCACGAGUUGAUGAUUGUAUUUAAACACACUUAAUUGGUAUUGAAUAAAACGCGUUGCAAUGCUGAGGUACAAGCUUAAAAUAAAACAACGGCAACUUCAGAGUAUUUCUGAAAACGCCGUAGCCGAAGUCCAUUAAUUUACUGGUUCUAUGUCAGCCUUCGACGAUUUCUGUAAAACAUCCUGCACAGAAUUUCCUUUCUAUCGCGAGAAAACUGGACCUAAGAACGCAGGUACCAAAGCAGCUGGGGCGGGGUGGGUAGGGGGAAGAGUUCGCCCGCUCCCUUCCUUACCCCCUCGCGCUGCACAUGCGUGUUUGCCUGGAAAAAAGGAAAGCCUGAGAAACUGAUGCUACACCUUGUGUUUGCUUGCUUUCUCCAUUCAAGUCAUACAUAACCAACUUUUUCCAUACAGAAAACUGCAUUUACCCUCUCGGUCUGGAAUCUGGAGAAAUAACGGAUGAAGCUCUCACACAUAGCGUAGACACAACUCUGACUGUUUCAGAUCCCUCGGGUAUCCGCCUUAACAAGAAUCCCGGGGGAUUUCCUAAUGGAUGGCAAGCAGCAAUGGGGACACUAGAUUAUAUUCAGGUAGAAAAAUCCUGGGUAAACUUAGCAACCUUCUUUUGCUUAUGAUUAUUCCAGCUCGCUUACUUUCGAAUGUUGGCCAACUCUUCAAGGGCUGAGUUCCUUGGAACGACAUCCAAGUUCAGAAAGAGAAAGAAAAUUUCGUCGGGCUUGUUUUCGUUCCUCCAUAUAACGUGAAAUUAGGAAUGUUUACGUCGCGUAGUCCUGCAGCGACGGCAAAGAAAUGUACAAAAAAGGUGUGCUGCACGUGCAAAUUUGUUGUUUUGUUUCAUUUAACCCAUUGCUUUUUUGACGUUCUCGUUGUCGUCGCCGUCGUCCACAUUUUAAGGUCUCUAGUACUGCAUAGGAGCAAAGAAUGGUUUAAGAAAAAUUUUUGUUUUCUCAUUUUAGAUUGAUUUUGGCUCUUUGAGAAAGGUGACAAGAAUAGCUACACAGGGAUCUGCUGGAUCGGAUUUUCCAUUUUACGUGGAGAGUUUUCAAUUAAAGUACAGCAACACAAGCAUUGAUUGGCUUGACUACAGUGAACAUGGACAGCCCAAGGUGACAAUUAACCUUUUAAGAGUUUAAAGCACUUCAAAAGUCAGUCAUGGAAAUUUUGAAAUGAAGUUCCUACCUGUAGCUCUUUGGAUCAAAUCAUUAGACAGUGUUACUAUUCAAAUGACCAAUCCUAUCCCACGAGCAAGAGAUUUUUUCCUGAGACGAUUUCACCUUGGAAAAAUCGUUCACACAUUAAAUGUUGCUUCCCCUUGAUAAAGAGUAAAAUGGCUAUUUUAACCUCACCUUUUGUUAUAACAUGAAAGAGUUUAAUUUUAAAAAUAACAUAACCCACCAGAAUAGACUAGUCUUCCCUCGUGUCACUUGCAGUAAAGCUGUGUCACAAAAAUAGAUUGUUGCAAACUUUUAAAUAAGUUUCCCGUGAAAAAUAAAUCCUUUCCUGGCUGGCUUAAAUGUAUUUCGUUUAUUGCAUAACUACAAACCAUAGUAUCGUUGUUGCAGGAACUGAGAGGUCCAAAGGAUACACACGAAGCAAAAUAUUCUGUUGUGGUAAAACUGCUUGAGCCAAUCAUCAGCCGCUUCGUACGCAUCAUCCCAACUUCUGCGCCGCUUCUCAAAAUAAUGCGGGCUGAGCUUUACGGCUGCAUAGCAGAGCCCAUGCCCCCUUAUAACGGUAAUUAUUAUAUCACUAAGUCAUUUCUUGUUUUGUGAUCGGUCAAUUUUUAAUAUCCUUGACAUUUUUAACAUUAAUGCGUUCUUUGUUGCGUGUUUUAUGUACUCAUAUCAUAAUAACCUCCUUCCUCAUACGUUUAACACCACCUUUGUUACUAAUCGCCAAGUACACACAUAUAAUACUUGAAAUGCUAAUAACUACCGACCAUAUUUCUGUAGAAGAAACAUUAAACAGUUCACAAUCCUCCAUCUAGGACCUAAACUAUGGAACUCCCUUCCCCAUAAUCUUACGGAACUGACAAGUUACUCUAGUUUCAAGACUUUAUUAAAAAAUACCUUGUCUAGGGCUAUAAAUUCAAAUCGCCUGACCAUGAUAUGGCAGCUUACAUCAAAUCAUAAAAGUUAAGUCACUUAAUAUUACAUUUAGUUUUGAACUUUUUUUGUAGCUUUUCCUGCCCUGUAAAUUUGCAGUCUUAGUUUUAAAAUAUAUAUAUUUUUCCUUUUCUUUCUGUAAUAUUUAUUCUAUGUGGCAAAUGUAAAAUAAAUAAAGUUAAUCUGAAAUAACUUUAUUAUUGACUGCUUUGUCGAACGGGUAAAAUGAAGCGAAGCACGUGUAACACUGUUUGGCUAACCGAGUGGGAAGUAUGAUCCUAUCUUGGUUGCCCAGGACUUGACCACCCAAUAGCUAUUGUAGCUAUUUAAUUUCCUGUUUCAUAGAAAGAAAGCCAUACAAUAAAAGCUUCUAAGCCUCUAUUUCUGGGAUUUUCGUAAAAUUAUGGAUCGUCGUUUUUCAAACGAUAUUUUCGUCGACUUCCAAACUGUUUGCAGCAGUAACCGUAAAACGAAUGCAAUAAAAAACGCAUCUUUGAUAUUUCUCUAGCAAGAGGUCUGCACAAUAAGUCGAGUGGAAAUUCAAGUAAGUUUAAAAAGAAACAGCGACUUCUCUGCGGCCAAUCACAACAAACUGUCGCUAGUUUACAUGCACAAAUUAGGUUUGAGCCCGUUAAAUUGGAUCUUGGCUGGGUUUUACACGCCUGUUGGUGGGUUAUGUAAACCACAAUAUCAGGUUUAUUUCCAAAAUUCUGCAGAUUUACCAAGUUAACGAAAUUAUAACAACGAAGUGGCGAAUAGUGUAGGUCUCACGGAGCUUCGCUCUAAUCUAAGGGCGCUUAUAGUAAUAUACUACAAGCUGACAGAGAUCAAUCGUGACUGAUCAUCAUCACCACCAAAUGAAUGUUUGUCUGUAUCUUCAGGUGUUCCAGAGUACAAUAGAAGAACUGUCUUGUUGGAUCAAGAGUUCGGCUGGUUGUAUGUCUGCAUGUACACUAGAGACAGGUACACAACAUAAGUCAUGAAAAUCACUAUAACCUUAAACACCUAACCGGCAAAGAUUGGUUUACGUCAAUUAAAAUCACAGAUAGAAACUUCGUCAGUUGUUGGCGCAAUCAGAGGUGGUUUACUUGUUUAGGAUUUAGAAGUAGAAACCUUGUAUACAUUUUACAAUAUGUUUCAUUUGAAGAAUAUAUAUGAUGAACGGCUAAAGAAAGAUGAAAGAAAAUGUCUUAUGCUAACAGAAAUGAACCUUGUUUGUAUGCAUCCAUGCAAUGUGUAAGAUAUAACAAAGUAAACAAAGCGUCAUUUAAUUGUCAAAAAGGCCAUUUUCAGGUCUAAAGGUGUUCGAAACUAGUUUUUGGGACUUAAUUGGCGCCAAAGAAGAUUGCUCUAAAUUUAAGCUGGAUGGUCUACUCCAUCCUUAAAUUUUGUUAGGAAAUGAUUCAUCAAAGACCUCUCAACAGGGCCGGCUUUUGUGAGCUUCAAUUCCCAAACGUCGUUUUUGCCUUCUUCCCCAGCCAACGAGCUGCAAUUUUCCCUCACUCCCUGUGGGGUAGAGGGGAAGGUGGUUAACUGUCUGAAAGAAUUAGAAUUAAAAUGCUUUUCGGAAAAGUAGAAUUAAAACACUCAAGGAGACACUCUGUGCGUGGCUUAAGCCGUUCUGAAAGAGACAGCCAAAUAAGAUUUGUAAUAAUCUAAGUUUUGAAACAAAAAAAUAUUUUAAACGUACCCCUCUUUUCAUUUCUAGGUUACCCUUAAGUCUUAAGUGUAUCUGUGUGAAUCAAAAUAUUGGCGUUAUGUACUGUACCCUAAGUGAGAUUAAAAUCUGUAAUUCAACCCAAAAAUGACGUCACGCUUCCCAUCCCUUUCAUAUGCCAGUCCAACCCCACAUGUCCAAUUUCACUUUAGUCUUGCACUUCAGUAAUAGUUACGAUUGACUCUUCUGUGGUUAGAUCAGUAAGCAGCUGUUUCUCAACAAGUGAUGGAAAGGAUUGGAGAGGUGAGUUUUCCACGUGAGGUACGGGGGGGAGGGGGGGGGGUAUUAUUUCCGACCGAACGAUGUGAUUUUCCCUGCCCUAUUUCAGGCCUGAAAAGCUUUUCUCAAAAGGUUAAAAAAUAAUGAUAAUAAAACAAUAUUUAGCUCCAGAUCCUGGAUCAAAAAGAGCUCAAAAUCUUCCCCUGAUUCAUACCCAAUCCGAUUAAACUCUACACCCAAUUUCAGACCAUAAAGGGUAUAGGGUAAAAUUUUGUACCCUUUUGCGCCGUGCAUAUAGUCAGUACCUAUAUAGCUUAUAUAAGGAAGCAUCCCCCGAAAUUUAGUGAACUGAAAGGAUGCUUAACUUCCAACGACAUUUUUAUGAGGAAUGAAUGAUAUUUACAUUCCCCGGGAGUAUUUUUGCAAGGACGAAAACAGCAAGAAAACAAAAAUCAAGGUAGAGCGGAUCGUGUACUGUACAACAAAUGCAUCCUGCGUGCAGGUGUCUUCUAUUUCUUUUGCAUUACGCGAGACGAAAAAACGAUCAUCCGUUUUCUUCUUGACAGUGUAACGUACGUUUGUGCUACCUUUAUGUAUAUUCCUUUUUUACCUUUUUCUUGUGAAUGGGUGAGAAAGACUGGGAGAUGUCAGAUUUUUAGGAACUUCUUAGAUGGAAUCUGAAAACAAUGCUCCAUUAACUACACUGUAUACAGUCAUGGAAACGCAUGCGCAUAGCCAUAUCAAUCAUUCUGUUGAGGGCAGUGGCGGCAAUGGACCGUUGUUUUGCCCUUAUCUGGGACGAACGUGGAAAGGAAACACCACAAAUUUCCCUUUACCAAAUAAGCUAGUGCAAAAGGGCUUUUCUGAAGCACCAGCUCCACAUUAGCUUUGUGGAAGUUGUUAUUAAAAUUUUUAAAUACUAUUAAAAUUAUCAGCAUGACGUACCUUCCGAAUACGUACCUAUUUUUUCAGAUAUUUCAGAGCACAUUAUCAGUGUCAUAGCUUUGGACCAAAGAAGCGGCUGGCUCUUUGGAGUGGACCGUGCCAUGAACUUCCUCCGCAGCACCGAUGAUGGAGUUUCCUGGAAGAAAAUCUCUUCCAAGCACUUUUAUGACAUCAAAAACGCAGCGUUCCUCAAACUGAGCACAGGAAUCCCUGAAAAUAUGGUGUCUGUCAGUCCAGAGACGUUCUGGUCAGCAGUUACUUUCAGUGGAAGAAAGUGGGGAGGUUAGAACGUUUUCAUAGGUUUACGUAAUUUUGAGGCAUGCAUUGCUAGAGCACCGAAUCAAUGGAACAUAGCAUAAGAUCUUUUUAAACUGAGCUCUUGUUUUAACCGUGGCAUCGUUGGCUCAGUACUUAAGAGCGCCUGUCUGUAAAAAUCAGACAAAUUCAAAAUUUCGCGGCAAGGGUGGUCAAUUCGAUUUCUUUCAUAUUUUAAUGUUACAUAGGCCAGGGUAUAACUAAAAUCACUAUAUAGUUCUUUCGAUGAAAUAUCGUUUUAUUUCAGAGAUAAAUGCAAAUAAGCAAAAUCCGUUAAAAUCGUAAUUUGAGGCGCUCAAUUAUUAAAAGGGUUUGAAAGCCUCGCAUGCAAAAGCGGAUUACUCUACCGUCUUUAAAACAUCACAGCCUUCUUUUACAACUUCUAAAUAUCUGUUAAAAUGAUUUGGGGAGAUAGUGCUCUGUUCUUUGUGUACAAUAUACUUUAAUUUCGAAGGCAUACAAUUUACUUCAGUAAAAGUAAUGCGUGAAAAAACGUAAUUUUCACCAUGUGCGGAACCUUCAAAUCGAUUGAGCUGCUGGUGGUUGAAGUUUAGAAGGAUGGUCUACAGAUUCCUGAAAAAAUGUCUUUGGGCAAAUGAUUAAUAGCGACGCGAGAGCUUUACAAAAUCUGUUAAAAAUGCAGAUACUUGACUCCGUGACCGAACUUUGAAGUUGCGAGGCGGACAAAAAUUUCGUCCCGUCACUUGUCUAAACUCGCAGUAGAUUAUAAUAAACAAUUAGGAAACCCUUUUGAAAUGUUCUUACCUUAAAAUCUGCUGUAAAAGACGAGUCCAAAGGCUAUUUUAGCCCGCUUAUUGAGUCGUUUGAUCUUUGUCUUGUAACGUGUAAUUGUACACCACGCCAACUGUCAACGUAUUCACCGGACAAAUACAAUUCUUUGGCCAACUUUCGGGGCUUUUCAUUACGACUUCAUCUUUUUCGACGGCUCAGUCAUUUGUUAAACAUUGCUUAGAAUGUAGUAUCUGAAAAUAUUACCGCGCAGAUACUACAUCUGACUGUUACAACAGAAUGCCCCAAAAUGCUGGUGCUCACAUCUUGAAUUGCAGGCAGCGUUUGUAAGUCACGCAAUCCAAUUUAGCGGGGUGGAGAAGGGUGAAGUAGCAAACGGCCACAACGAGAACAACAGCAAUAAUUAAGGCCGAUCACUAUACUGGAUAGCUUUUCGUGCAGACACAAAAAGCUGUCCGGUAAAGUAUGAACACCUAUCCGGUAUGUGACUCUCCUGUUUACCGAUCGGCGCGUCGCAGCUUUGCUUUUUCCCCGGGGGGGGACUGGGGUACUUACUUAUAAGAGGCUAAUGGGGAUGCGCCGCUGGAUGGGGUUGCAUUUUUACGACUGAUUGACUAUAAUGGGGUCGCAUUUUCAAUAGAGUUACUAGAAUGGGAUCACACAUUUUCGGAUUUUUGGGGGUAAGACUGUUCGUCAUAUUUACGGUUAGCAAACGUACCACAAUUUUUUUACUGCAGACGGAAAGUAAAGUGGUCUCAUUCAAUCUAAAAAAUGGGUCAAUUCAUGAAAAUAGACAGUGAAAGUGAAGGUUGGGAUGGCGAAAAUUACAUAUUUGCCCAAAAGUGACUAAGAUGGGGUCUAUAAUUGGCCACAAAAUAGACUAUAAUGGGGUAGGGGCUCUGAGAGGCCAGCGGGCACAUACCCAGAAAAAAUUAACCCAAGUAACCACCCGGGGCUUUUUCGGACCGAAAUCACCCUUCUUUGCGUGAACAGAAGCCCUAUCGGAUAUGCUUUCUUUUUGUGCCUGCACAAAAGCUCUCCGGUAUAGAGUGAAUGAAGACAAUCUAUAGCUUAAGAUAGUGAUACCCUUAGACACGGUCUUUCCCUAUUAAGAUCCAAAUACUGGUCAUUUUGUUUAUUCACAAUUUUGGUUGUCAGCUCCCGGACUGGGUGAUUUUAUUAAACGGUAUCAGGACCGUUAUCAGUGCCAUAACCUGCCGAAAGGAAGUCGUACUUGGAGUUGUUAAAGAAUUUAGUAAAAGUCUGCAGCUGCAAUUCUGUAGAACAAACUCUAACGUAAGCAUGCAGUCACAGUCUAGGGACCUCUGACAUAAAGGUCAUUUCCCAACCCUUCUCUUAGAAUCAUAGUAGUGGUGGUGUUACGAGACAGCUCUUUAAAACUUCGAUAUAUUUUGCAAAUAUAAAUACAUGUAAAUACCGUAUUUCCUCGAACAAGCGCCCCAGCUCGGCUAAAAGGAGAGGUGCUUAAACUGGAAGGAGGGCGCUUAAUAAGGGAGGCGCUUGUUAACUUUUCCUUUCAACAAACGAUAUUUCUAUUUUGUAUAAAUGCAUCUGAACGCGUUUGGUGGUCUGUCCUGUGCGUUCAUUUUAACUCUUUUUGAUUUAACCUGUUACAUAUCUGUGUAACGUAUUACCUCGGUAAGGGCCCACGCUCUAAUAAGCGCCCGUCCCCGAAUAAGCGCUCACCCCGUUGGCCAUAAUAUCAAACAAGCGCCCCUAUCGAAUAAGCGCCCUCUCUCUACUCCUCAUAACUUUCUUAAAUAGUAGGAAUACAAGAGGAAUGGGACGAUCUGCUUAUUGAUGACGAGGAUAAUCUCGAAGAUAAAGAGCAAAGUGAUAGCGCGUAAAUAGCGCGCGCACCGUGAAAGAUCGUGACGUCAUUACUACAAACUCUCUUGCAAACACAACUCUAGGCUGAUUUAGCAACAGAACGGGAGCGUUAGUUGACGACGGCGCGCGCAAAUCAAACAACAGAGCGGCACAUUGGCAACGAAAGUCGCGUUUAGUCGUUUCCGCGCGCUUUCCCCGUCGUCAACUGACGUUCGCGUUCUGUUGCUAAAUCAGCCCAUGCAAAAGUCGGGUUUGCAUAAGCUGUGACGUCACAAUCUUUUGCAGUGCGCGCGCUAUUCACGCAAUCCCUGGCGGUGUCGGGCGGGGAAGGGGGGGUACUUCCAGAAAAAUUUUGGCGGGGUUGUGCGGCACGCCUUCUGAAACCCUUACCCUAUUUCAGACCAAAAUCUGAGAUUUUUCCUACCCUAUUUCAGACCUGAUCAAAAAUUUGAUACCCUACUUCAGACCUGAUCCUUAAAUAAAUACCCUAUUUCAGACCUGCCUUAUAAUCAGUUCCCUAGGUCAGACCAAUGUUAAAGGCAAUGUUGAUACGCUUUGAUUAAGUAGGACACAAAACUGUACAAAAUUGUACUGUUACGAAACGUACCCGGUUAGCCUAAAACCCAAAGGGAAAUGGUCUUAUCGCCUAAUUAUGAAGAAGUAGCUUCUUCUAAAAAAACAUACCCAGACCAAACUGGUCGAAACUGAUACCCUUUUUUAGACCAAAAAAGAUAAAAAACCAUACUCUUUGGCGCCGCACACACCUAUAUAGCCGAUAUAAGGGAUUACCCAUCCCCAUCUCUCCCGGGCCGCAAUCACUAUACAUUCGUGUAAAGUGUUUAAAGGGACUUCGGUGUUUUAACGAAUAAAAGGCACAAGUCUCGAAGAAUCUGUACAGAAAACUUUCAUAACCUUUUUAUACAAAACAAGAACUGAUUACGCUCACAAAAAUUCGUGUACAACAGGUCGCAACUAGCAGCAUACCCCUUUUGAUUAGCGCCUGCAACAAUGAUUCUUGCUUCUUUUUCAUUUUUGAAACCCUGUUCGCAAAUGUGAUACGCGAGUUGUUAGUGUAACCAAUAACGUUAAUUGGUAACGUUCGCGAAAUAAGAUGACCCAACGAAGGAUAGCUGUCAAAAAAAAAAGGAACAGAGGAUUUUGCCGCCUGAAAAAAAGCUGUAGGCAUCUUUCAAGUUUUGUUAAUUACAAAAUUUUCCAAUUUUUUGCAAAGGCUUAACUCUAUUUUUUGUCGCAGUGCCAACAGGUUCAGUUUUUUGUCGAUGUUUAUUAUGUCGUAACUAACGAUGACACCAUUUUAUGCUACGACCAGAAUCCUCAGUUCGCUUUCUUGUACAAAUCAGGACUUUUGAUCUUGCUGGGAUUACUAAAUUUAAAAAAAAAAUACAUGAAAGGUAAAGCAAAGUAAUGCCAUCGUGCAAAUGCGUAGUAUUCGUUGAUAAAUCGGCUUUAACAAAACUCUUUAGUCGUGUAUAAAGGGUUUCUAGGUGCGGUGUGUCGGGUGUGAGGUGUAUUAAUUGCAGACGUUACAAACCAGAGGUCAAGCGACGAACGACCGGAAAAUCGUGCUAAAAUGAUCUUUGGACCGGUCCUUUACUGCUCAUCAUAAGGUAAAAACAAUUCGAAACGGUUUUCUAUCUGCUUAUUUUAACUUAAUGUGGGUUUAGAAAAAUGAAGGGACUAAAUUUAUGUCCGACUCGCAACUUCAAAGUUGACCGCAGAAGGUCAAAAAUCUGCAUUUUUAACAGAUUUUGUAAAGCUCUCGCGUGGCUAUUAAUCACUUGCCCAAAGACAUUUUUACAGGAAUCUGUAGACCACCCUUCUAAAAUUCAACCACCAGCAGCUCAAUCGAUUUGAAGGUUUCGCACAUGGUGAAAAUUACGUUUUUUCACGCAUUACUUUUACUGAAGUAAAUUGUAUGCCUUCGAAAUUAAAGUAUAUUGUACACAAAGAACAGAGCACUAUCUCCCCAAAUCAUUUUAACAGAUAUUUAGAAGUUGUAAAAGAAGGCUGUGAUGUUUUAAAGACGGUAGAGUAAUCCGUUUUUGCACGCGAGGCUUUCAAACCCAUGUAAUAAUUGAGCGCCUCAAAUGACGAUUUUAAUGUAUUUUGCUUAUUUGCAUUUAUCUCUGAAAUAAAAGGAUAUUUCACCAAAAAAACCAUACAGUGAUUUUAGUUAUACCCUGGCCUAUCUAACAUUAAAAUAUGAAAGAAAUCGAAUUUUCUACCCUUGCCGCGAUAUGUUUGAUUUUUACGGACAGGCGCUCUUAAAGUACUGGACAGGACAGCGGGAGAUCGAGGGUUCGAUCCCUUGUGCUGGACCAAUACUCAGGGACGGUCUUAAAAUAGCUGAAAAAUGAAGAUACUGCUUUUGCCCCGGCUAGACCUUCUCAUGCCUCAGAUGGCCUGGUGAAAAUGGCGACACCGUCUCCAGCAGCACAUGUAAAAACAGUGUGGCAGUACUUUCGUGUUUAUUACAAAGAGAGAAUUUACUGUGUUAUUUUCUAGCUCGGUUAGCAUAGGGUUUAACACUCAAGAUUUUAAUGUUGAUAAAUUAGGAUCAUCCUUUGACGAUUAAGAAAAUAGCAAUACGAAGACUCAUUAGGGCCAUUUAUACGAGAAAAAAUAAGACGCGUCUUACAUAAGACGCGUCUUAAAUAAGACGCGAACUUUCCGUAUAAACGGCACAAUUCGUCUAAACUAAGACGCGGUCUUAUUUUAGAACAGCCCUUAACACCUGUUCUUAGAUAAGAAGCGUCUUAGCUAAGACGAGAAAAACGUCGUAUAAAUGGCCCUCGCGUCUUACAUAAGACGCGAACGCAUAAUACGCAUGCGUAAAUUUUUGGCGCGCCACGUUGGAUUGCCGUUGCUACGGGCAACAUUCACAUGAAAACGAGUCAAGAACAGAAAUAAGACGCCAACCAUUUAUACGAGCUGUUCUUGUCUUAGAUAAGACAUGCUCUUAUAAAUGGUACAGUUCGCGUCUUAUUUAAGACGCGUCUUAUUUUUCCUCGUAUAAAUGGCCCUAUUGUUUACAAACAUCGUUUUUGUUAUUCAAAUGUGUAACGGGUGAAACAAAUUUUGUUUCAAGAACCAACGCGCUUCUGGUUGGCACAUUACGUUCAAUAUACUGUAUUAAAAUUCUCUUCAACAUUACUCCGAGGCUUUCUGGUCAUUUUUCUAUAUUUAGUUUUAUUUUCUUUGGUACAAAUAAAGGGGUUUCCUGAGUAGCGUUUGUGUGUGCUAAAAGUGGGAAGGUGGUAAGUUAAACGAAGAAGAAGAAGAAGAACCUUUAUUAAUUUAUACCGCUCAGGGUAGCCCCUUCAGACGCAAAAAGCUGUCUGUUAUCAAUGGGAGCCCUGAGCAACAACGCACAAAAACCACACUAAACAUAUAAACAUUACACUAAUACAGGUAAUAAUAUAAAUAGAAGACUAUUUUCAAUUAAAAGAUUAAAAGAUGUAAAACACGAAAUAUCAUUAAGAUAAUUCGUUAAAAAGAGUGCAACCAUAAUAAUAGAAGGAUCUUUUUGCAAUUUCAGUUCUCACAGCAGGCGGAUGUAAGAGGUUGCUUUGUCUAGUAGCGCGCGUAUGGAUUGUAUUAUUACGUAUAAAAUAUUGUUUAAAAUACUGGGGACAUUGACCUUGCAGGCAUUUCUUAACGAGUUUAAAAACAGAUUGACGUCGGCGCUCCUCCAAGGUGGGCCAUUUCAGAACGUCCAAUGCCUGAUUGCUGCGCACAGUACAAACCACUAUCCUAGCAGCCCGGUUUUGGAGGGCUUCAAGGUCUUGUUUACGACCUUCCCCGCAACAGCCCCACACACUUACACAGUAUUCUAAAAUUGGCCUAAUUAGACUACAAUACACUACAUUUGCACUCUCUCUAGUGAGGCUUCUGCGAAGCCUGCCGAGCAUUCCUACGCGUUUUCCCGCCUUCGAAAUUAGGUACUUUAUUUGCUCGUUCCAGCUAAGGCGGUCAUCAAAAACUAUACCUAGAUACGUGAAGUGAAAAACCCGCUUAAUUACAUUGUUAUUUAAAGUAAUAGAAAAAGACGCUGAUAAUUGCAAAUAAAACUCCGACGUUUCGGCAAUGCUGCCUUCAUCAGGGAAAAUAUGUGAGUUCGUUAUAGCGGAAAAAUGAAAAUUUGCAAAUGCGCGCGUGAAAACAAGCAGCUACAAGCGAGUGUGCGCGCGCGCAAGUCACGUGAAACAGAAAUCUUGAUUGAGUCCACCCGGCUCAAGUCUCUUCUCGGAAUUGCGAGACAAUGGAGUAGUGAAAAAUUUGCAAUUUUGACCCUAAAGCCUCGGAGUCAUGUUAGAAUAUUAAUACAUCGAACGUGGGCCAUUGUCUAUGUGUUGUUAAUUAUGUUUUUUACUUGUCGAAUUUUUAGUUUCAGCCUAUGGUAUCCACAUGACGACCGCAAGCCAAAGCGAAUGGAGCAUGGUUGCCUCAUGGAAGUGUUGUGGAAGCUAA